UGUUCAGCUGUCAAUUGCAGAGUUUCCAGCUGGUCUUCUUGGGGUUCUUGCAGUCGAACAUGCGGCAGUGGUGUAAAGACUCGUACGCGAACAAAAACAACAUAUGAGUCUUGCGGUGGAAGUUGUUAUUAUUACCACUUCAAAGAAAGAACAACAUGCAACUCUAACUGUUGUCCGGUGAGUUGUUUAUACUCUUGGGGCUCUUGGAGCUCGUGUUCGGGAUGUGGAAUGUCGAGCCAUUCGCGCUCACCAACUAUACACAGAUACAGUCGGUGCAAUGGAAACUCUUGUCCCUCCAAGCAGACCAGGUCUUGUAAUACUAAUAAGUAAGUGUGCAUUGCUUUAUUAGAUAAGCGUCUAUUGUAGUUGCGAUCUAGUGUUGUCAGUAUUUUUAAAUUGCGUUAUAUGAAGAAGAGGACAACCCUGUUAUGGUGGCUUUUUGUGACAGCGUUGGAGCCAGAAAAAUUCAAGAUUUCGUGCUUGGACAGGUUUUUGGUCACUACUAUUGUACUGACGUUGCAGGGCUCGCUCAACUUUCUCGCGCACAUACUCGAUUUUAUGUGGUUACAUUUUUGUUGAGUAUUACCGUAUUAUUUUUGUUUUGUUUUUUUUAUGAAUUCUUUAACGUAUCAUCGGCUUUAAAAGAAUACUGCUUUUUUCACGCAAAAUAAAACGGUCACAGAAGAUUUCGAGCCCGACAGGUUUUUGGCCACUGUUAUUGCAUGUACUUUUUUUGGAGGGUCUGCACAAAUUUCUUGCGCACUUAUAUUUAAUGCGCGCGGUUACGUUUUUGUUGAACACUACAUGUACCGUGUUAUUUUUGUUUUGGUUUCACGCAAAAUGAAUUCUUUAAUGCACCACUCUCUGCUUCGAAAGGAAACUGUUUUUUCCUCGCAGAGUAAAACAGUCACUUUUUUAACAACUAUUCAUCGUUCGUAGCCGUCAAUCUUCCACCUCUGACCACUUGUGUAAACUUGUACUAAAUUGCUUUUAUUGCAAAUGGAUUUGGGGAGCCUCCUACAAAAAGCUUCUACUUUGUUGGCAGUAUUUGUGGUAAAAGCAUAACAUUUCCGGCAGCCGCAGCAGUUGCUAAGAGAUGAGAUGUUGAACACUACAUGUACCGUGUUAUUUUUGUUUUGGUUUCACGCAAAAUGAAUUCUUUAAUGCACCACUCUCUGCUUCGAAAGGAAACUGUUUUUUCCUCGCAGAGUAAAACAGUCACUUUUUUAACAACUAUUCAUCGUUCGUAGCCGUCAAUCUUCCACCUCUGACCACUUGUGUAAACUUGUACUAAAUUGCUUUUAUUGCAAAUGGAUUUGGGGAGCCUCCUACAAAAAGCUUCUACUUUGUUGGCAGUAUUUGUGGUAAAAGCAUAACAUUUCCGGCAGCCGCAGCAGUUGCUAAUGCAUAAGUCGAGCGCGUCGAUUUUCACCAAUUUAUUUUUCGUGCUGCCCACUAGUGGCGCUAAAUUGCAUCGGAAGAAAUGGUCGGAUAUUUACACAUAUCAUUUUUGAGGUGGGUUAAUCAGGCAUGAAUGUGCGAAGAAAGCGGCAUAAUAAUAGAGAAAACAGGCGAUUUUGGCGCCGCAGAGUCAGGACUAAAAUCGUCAUUUCGGUGAGAUGAGUUCUUUAACAUUAUAGAGCGAGGAUUAAUCUUUCAUUCCAGCCAAAUUUUCAGUAAAUUUAAUUUUAAUGAGAAUUAGGUGCAGUGUUUUAACAUUGGAAAUCAAGGUUUUUACAGUAUUUUUGGGAGAAAUCGAAACAUAUUAAAAUUGAAGUACAAGGUUAUUCUCCCUUGUUCUGCUCAAUUGUCCACCCGCACUCUACUCAACUUCCCGGAGGUGCUUACCCUCCACCCUAAUCUCCACUCAAGUAAAAGCCCACGACUCGUUUCAGUGAUUUUUGAUAGUACAAUGCAGAAGUGACAUACCACACAUCAGUAUAAUGUUUCAAGCAUUAGACUUAGAAGACACUUUCACAUUGCCCAUGAUACACACAUUGUCCCCCCCCUCCUCCCCCACCCAAAAAAAAGCACUAGGUUUGUGAGAUUUGGCGAGGGGCAGGGAGCUGGUAAGGGGCAAGAUGUAUUAGAAGCGCUGUGACAAAAGUGGCAAAUUGCAAAUUAAAGUAUUGUCGGUGAUGUGGCCCGGAAAAUGGAGUUUGCCUGCGAUGUUACAAAGCGAUGCCUGAUGCCUACACUAAAAUGAUUUAUUACUGAAAGUGGAAACUUUAAGCAAAAAAAUUGCUAAUCGACUGUUUCCGAAUAGAUUUUCGGGAUCCGGGAUUUGGCUUAUUUCAGAAUUUCGGCCGGAAAAUACUUUCGGGAUUCAUUGUGAACGGCUGGGAGAUCGGGAAAAUAAAUGAACUUGUCCGAUGAGAAAAGCGAAAAUUCCUUUAUUUUGUGCCCUCACGAUAUUUCCUCAACCUUUUCAAGUGCAUAAUUUACCGUGCCACAUUUUUAUCCGACCGUCUUCCACUAGUGCUCCGAGGAAGGAAGUAGCGCAAAUGUCAGGGUAAACGGGAUUAAGAAAGUUACUUUGUUUUGUUCGGUGUAAUAUAAGGGGAUUAAAUAAACCUUUAAGGGACCCACUGUUUAUUUAAUCAAAUGAUCCUUGCAAAGAGCAUAUUUUGUACUACUGCCAGGUCACGUAUUAGGUAGAGUCUCGCCAAAUCUAGGGCUAAUUAGGGACUCAUGAAGUUACGUUACUGUUUGAUCACGUAGCUUAAAAACUGAGACACUGUCAUGGGUGUUUUUGAUAAAAUCAGCGUUCUUCCGUUUGCCUAAAAUAUUCUAGCAGAGCAUUUCAGGGGAAGGGAGGGAUGAGCCAUAAUACAUGAUUUUGCAUUAUUUCCGAAGUGUUUUAUAGUGAGAAACUCGCCUCAGUUAAAAUAAUCUUUUAUUACUAGCUUAACUAAAUUGCACCUGUAACUGAGUCAGUAAAUUAAGUUUUUACCACGUAGCUGCAACCAUAUUUUGCAGAAAAGCUUAACUUGGUUGACACAAUUGAUUAACACAGAACGUAGUCGAAGCGCUGUUAAUUUUAUUGAUCCGGCAGAAAGUUUUCUCGGUGAGGAAGUGAAAGAAGAGAACUUGACCGCUAUAUUCUAUCCGGUCAUUUAACAACCUGAAACGGAAGGUCAUAAAACGUUUACACAAGCAGUUUUAUAGAAUAACGGAACGUCUGACUAAGUAACCCACACUAACGUUUUUCAGUCUCCAGUUGAAAAACUAUAGUAUAAGUGCAAGACCGACUCAUGACACGAAACUGAUAAUCAAUGGCCUCUAAUUGGAAAUCGGACAUAGGAGAAAUUGAAAUAUCCUUAUAUGCUUAGUAUUUAGUAUUUGUCGGCUAUAACUUGUAGACCCGGUGGUAAUUGACCUUUCAUCAAGAUCUUUGAGCUAUUCCUUUACUUAAGUCUAGAACAAUGCUGGUCCACUUGUCCGUCAGAUUAAAGGAUAUCCGUGAGUGGUAGAGCACCUCUGUCUUUCAACCAUUUAAUCUAUUGAUGUCCUGUUCCCAACCAUCCCUUGAAAACAGGAAAGACUAGCGGUCGUUUCAAUGUUACACGGUUGGUAACAAACUUAAGUUUUGUUUAGUAGAGGACGCUUUCCUUAACUUAAUUGCUGUUUCUAGGAUGAGGAAAAGCUUGAGUUAUGUGUUUGGUUUUACAUCUGCUGGACUUGUAAAACUGAGCACUUAGAACGGCGACAAGUUCCAUUGGUGAGAUCACGUAAUCACUUAAUACGUCGACGACUGUAGAAGCAUAAUAUUUCGCAACAAAUAUGUUAAUGAUCAUCAACUGGAAUAACGCGUGUCACCUGCUCAGAUUUGUCCAUGGAAAGGCAUUUCAUUUCCCAACAGUAUCACUAAAAUAGGCGAUCGAGCCCUCCGUUUAAACAGUUUCCAUGCUGAAACUCUUAACAUUGUUUUCCUUUAAUUGACAAAAAACGCAGAGAGUCACUUAUACCUAGACAUUUCUCUGCCGUUAAUUCUCAAUUCAGCAAUAACAUACUGGCACACUUGUUUAACGACUUUCGUAAACCCAUAGCCACAUUGCUUUUUGUUCUCAUACUUGUUUUUAAAGGAAAUAGACGUAAUAUUACAAAGAAAAAAUAUUACUACGGACGUCAGCAAAUGUCAUGGGCUUUGAACGGUAUGUGUGGGCUGUAUUAUCCAUGUUAAGAACACUUGUACUCUUUCAGUUCAUACUAAGCUUUGGUUAUAGAUAGCCAGGUUUUGCCACAGCACGUUGGUAGUAGGUCACGAUAUUUCAACGGUUAUGCUUAGUCAUGUUCAGUUUGUUACAAAGUAGCAGUCUUUCAAUGAAAAAAUCAGGAAAAAUAAAGUAAAUAAAUCGAAAAUACCUAAAUUUGGUAUUUGGUAUUUUUAUUUAUUUGCCACACAAUUACAUUACUUAAAGAUGCCAAAAGAAAAAAAAAAAAAAAUGUAGGAAGAGAUGGCGAGGAGGCCUAAAAGAAACUAUAGAGCUUAUGUUAAUUAGGCCUCCUCAAUUACAAUUUUUCGAAGAUGGCAUAAAAAUUACGGCGACGGGUACAGUAUAAUAUCAGGUGAAAAAUUAAACCAAUCAAUAUUACGGAAGUUUACAUGUACAAAUGUUGAAUAUUAAAAGGCUUUUUCCCAAGAUUUUUGUUGAAGUAUACUAAUAAUUAUUACAAAUAAAUGCCUUAAGUGCUCUUUUAAAGGAGAAAGGUGAGGAAGCGUUGAUGAUGUUGGUGUUUAAGGUGUUGUAAAAUUUAGGUCCUUGAUAAAAAACGGAAAAUUGCUUGGUUCGAGUACGACAGAAAGGCAGACGAAAUUUACACGAGUUUCUUGUAUUAUACGAAUGAAUUUGACUUUGUAAGGUAAAUUUACAAUGAAAUUUUAAAGGUAGAGUAUGGUUUUGAUAGGAGUACAUGAAUAAGCCUAGUUGUAUUAAGUAUAUAUCAUGAAAUUUUAAGAUACCAAGAUUUUGAAAGAUUGGAUCAGUAUGUGCAUCGAAAGUGGUUUUAGCUAUAGUUCUGAUCACUCGUUUCUGUAAAAUCUCAAGACGAAUAAGGUUAGUUCUGUAAGUAGAGGCCCAAACUAAGUUGCAGUAAAAAAGGUAUGGAUAGACUAGAGAAAAAUAUAGUGUUCGUAAGGUUUUCGUGGAUAAAUAGAAACUGGAUUUACGAAUAAUUCCUGUGCAUUUAGAAACUUUAUUGGCGACAUGUGAGAUUUCAGAUUUCCAAUUUAAAUUUUCGUCCAUGAUUACUCCCAGGAAAACUGUUUCUUUUACUUGAUCAAUUUUUUGACUAUUAAUUAAAAGUUGAAUAGUUUGAUUUGUACGCUUUUGGGAUGGUUUAAAUGCAAUGAAUUUGGUUUUUUUCAAGUUUAAUGAAAGCCUGUUAGCUCUAAACCAUAUUGACAACUUAUUUAGUUCAGCGUUCAGUAUAUUAGUAAGGCAGUCUUUAUCCUUGUGAGACACAAAUACGUUUGUAUCAUCGGCAAAUAGUAUCAGUUGUAAUAUUGUUGACGUGUUGAUUAUAUCGUUGAUGUAGAGUAGAAAAAACAAAGGCCCUAGUAUUGAACCUUGGGGAACGCCACAUAUGAUAUUAGCACGAUACGAAACAUAACCAUUGUAUUCUACAAAUUGAAGUCUGUUGGAAAAAUAGUUCUUAAUCCAUUUCAGAGCCAAGCCACGUAUACCAUAGUGUUCAAGUUUAUCAAAUAAGAUGGAAUGAUUGACUGUAUCGAAAGCUUUCGAGAGAUCUAAAAAGACACCAACCGCUAAUUCACCACGAUCAAUAGCAGAUGAAAUUUUUUCAUGCAAAUCAAUCAAGGCAAGCGUCGUAGAGUGGUUUUUCCUGAAGCCGAACUGGUUAUCACAGAGAAUAUGUAAAUUAGUUAAAUAAUCAUACAAACGAUUAUAGAUGAUUCUCUCUAGAAAUUUUGAAAAGCUUGGUAGAACCGAGACAGGCCUAUAGUUAGUGAAUAGUGACUGGUCAUCAGCUUUAAACAGAGGUACCACACGAGCUAUUUUCAUUUGAUCUGGUACAAUGCCAUGAGCGAUCGAUAAAUUCAUAAUGUGAGCCAGAGGUCCCGAAAUGAUUUGAAUGGAUUCCUUAAUUAUAGACAUUGGAAUAUUAUCAUAUCCAGCCGCUUUCCCGGAAGCAAAAGAUUGAGCAAUGGUAAUAAUUUCAUCCUCUGUUGUUGGGCUAAAAAAGAUUGAUUCUCGAAAUGAUCCAGAUAGAAAAUCUUUUAUGUGAACAAGGAGGAGGCUGUAUCUUCUUUGCGAGGUUGGGACCAAUACUAGAGAAGUAGCUGCAAAACCUAUCUGCUACUUCCACUGGAUCAGAAAUCUCCUGACCGUCUGACUUAAAUAUUGUAUUUAAUUGAGGCCUCGACUUUUUUCUAUUUAAGACUUCGUUUAAAAUUUUCCAGGUCGCAUGUGUAUUUGAUUUAGCAUCUUCCAAUUUUUUUUUCAUAAUACCGACGCUUAGCCAAACGCAAGGUGUGAUUCAAUUUGUUCUUGUAUCUUUUGUAGAGUGAACAAUUGUCGACUGUUGGAACUUGAAGAUAUUUUUGUAAAGUUUAUUCUUUGUUUUAAUUGAUUUAAGAAGAGCUUUCGUUAACCACGGUUUUUUAAAGCGCCUCUGCUUUCUAGUCGCCUUCUUGAGAGGGAAGCAAUCGUUAUAAAUCUUUGUAUACAUUUCAUGAAAGCGUUUGUACGCAAUAUCUGGCUCAUCACAAGUUUUAAUCGAAGACCAAUCAACAGCUUCUAGUUUUUCAACAAAAGUAGGAAUAUUAUUCGGAUUCUUAUCUCUAAUAAAGAAGGGGUCUUGUCGACAUCGAUUUACUGACGUGUUAACGUUAUCUGAAUGAAUUGAGAAGACGGGUAGAUGAUCUGAAAUGUCAGUAAAUAAUAAGCCGCUUCUCGAACGUUCAAAAAAGUUGUUCGCAAAAAUAUUAUCUAUUAACGUAGCAGUAUGUGAAGUAAUUCUCGAGGGACGCGUAAUCAAAGGAAAAAACAUAUUAGAGUACAUUCCAUCUAGGAAUUGGCCUGUGAGGUGAUGAUUUUGGUAGUUAAUUAAAUUAAUAUUUAAGUCCCCCAUUAGGAAGCAUAUUUUGUUUUCUCUAGAGAUAUUACCUAACAACUCAUUGUUUGUAGACAAGAAAUCGUCGAGUCUAUGAUUUGGCGGUCUGUAAACAAUACCAACAAUUAUAUUUUUUUCUCGAGGUCUUAUUAAUUCAAUGAACAGUGAUUCUACAGUAUCAACAUUAUGGAGGGACAAAUCUUCUCGAAGUUUGUGUCCUUCUGGCAUAUGUUUAGGCGAGUCUUAAGUUCAGCCACAGUUCCAACAACUGUAUCUAGUCGAGAAUUGAAAUUGCUCACAAGCGAAUCUACAAGGGUUUUAAACAUCCUUUCUUGAAGCUGAAGCAUCUCAUUCAACAUCGCCUUCGUUACAAAUUCAUUCGAGGGAUUCUUGUCAGCGCUUGGUGAGCCGCCGGAUGUCUUAGAAUUACGUGUUUCUGGCAUAAUUUUAGCGCACAGGAAAAACAAAAAUACUGACAAAUCGAUGAAAUAGGCAAGAAAAAGAGCGAAAUAAUCAAAAUACGAGGAGCUAAAAAAUUAGCGUCCGCCCGCCAAUUAAAAGAGACCACUGAUAAAACAGGUAAAUAUGAAUCCGAGCGUUAUAAAUCACAAUUUUGGACAAAUUGGGAAAACUCUCCAAAAAGAUUGGACCCUUUUUCUUUAGCUUUGACAUCCGUUCAUUGAUAUCGGAUCGGUCAAAUAUAAAUUGUAACCGGGGAAAGUCCCUAUAAAUUAAAAAUACGGUCAUAGCCAUAUUAACCUGCAACUGAUUAUGAUGGUAACAUGGAGAAACAAAACAAUGAACGCAACAUUUUGAUCUCAUGUUGCGAAUACGAACUUUGCGCGGGGGGAGGGGUCCAAUAGGCGCGUAACCCUUGUCCCUAAAUGUUGUCAGGGAGGGCACAAAACUGGAUAACUUUGUUUCAGUUUUAAAAUCCCUGUAUUUCCCAUCUCGCAACCAUCUUUUUUUAUCUCUGGGAUCGUUCAGCGUCAAUAUAUCUCACACUCGUGAACAUUUUUAUGUCCUUACCCGAGAAAUAGUGUUUAUCAAUAUAUUUUUAAUGAGUCAUAGAACCUCGUGCAGGCGACUCUCAUGCAGGCGUUUUUAGGGGAGCUCGUAUUUCCUCCAUCCCCACAUUGAUGACGGGCAAGUGUACACAUACAACGGGGUAUAUUCUUUGCGUUGAGAAGACUGGGUCGGAAUUGUUACCAAUUUCGUCCCCAGGGCUUCGUAAAAGUGGCGGAUGAUUGGAGAGGUAGUGUGCGUGACGUCUGAACGGCUGUUCUGAAAUAAUAUGAUUUGGAAACUUAGGCGUCAUUCCUAAGGAUUCUGCUGAAAAAAAUUGAGGGCUUUACAUGCGCUAGAAGACUUAGAACCACUUUUUAAAAAUUUCUAGACAUUUGUCUGUAAGAAAGUCCCGCGAAAAAUGACAAACAAAUAUGUGGAAAAUCUAAAGCAAACCUCUGGAGAAAUUUAAGCACAGGUACGCCACCAAAAUGUUUUAGUGCAAUCCCUUGUUUUGUAGCUUUAGUUAACAAUUUAUAUUUUUUUCAGAACAGCUGUUUUACGGAAAUUAUUCGACAUUAGAUUCUCAUACAAACACUGUAAUUUCUCACACGUUUAAUUUCAAUUGCCUACUCGUCAAGAUGGCGUCGAAAACCGUGACAAGGUCUAUAAAAAAGGCAGCUAAAUAGCUGAUGAGGACGAACAUUAUUUAACGUGAAACUACUAACAUUAUUUGUAUUCACGUACAUCAUUUGACCCCACAGAUAAAUACAGUAAAAGUAUCAGAGAGACAAACAAGCACGCAAUUAACUUUUUCGGCUUUGUUAUAUGUUGGUUUAUUUUUUUCAGUAAUCGAGGCUUGAGUGAUUUGAAAGGUAUAACACAGGUGCAAACUCAAAGAAGGAGGUUGAUUUCAGUCUCGAAUUUCACACGAAGAUUAGCUGAAAACCCUCAUCGGACUACCGAGGCUUAUCUAUUAAUUUUUUUUAGUAGUUUUCCAGCACUUUUUCCUAGUAUUUUGUUUCUAAAAUGUUGUUGCUUUUUUUUUUCCAAAUUGUCAGAUGCUGCUCGGUGAAUUGUGUUGUCAGUUCGUGGUCUAGUUGGGGAUCUUGCAACGCUCGUUGCGAAAGUAAUGGUCAACAAAGGCGCAGCCGCCGGGUAACAACUGCGGCUUCUUGCAGAGGUACUCCCUGUCCAACACUGACACAAACAAAGUCUUGCCGAGGGCCUUGUUGUCGAAGAGAUUGUCAGGUACAGUUAGUUCGCAGGUGAUAAAUUAAUUCAUUUGAGCUCAGUCUAAGUCAUCCAAUGUAAGCUUUCGAAAGUAAUUCAGCACAAAUUUAACAUCCACUGUCCAAAAACCUCGUCAAGGAAGUCGAACUCCGCAGCGCGCGUACCGCUUACGCAAAGCACACUUCCAACGUACACUUAGACUCGUCCCCGUUAGAAGAAAAUAGCAGCUAUCGAAAAAAUUUAUGUGCAUUGGUAGAGUACAGUGCAAAACCAGCAAUUCAUAAUACACUGGAACCUCUAUUCAUUGAACACCAUCGGGACCGAGGCAAGUGUCCCUUGAAUAGAGGCACCCCCUGAAUAGAGGUUGGGCCAAGGUUUUAUUAAUGAUUAACCAACAAAGACGACCUAAGAAAAUCGUCAUUUUAAUAAAAACCCAUCUUUGCGAGAUUUUAUGUUGAAUUCACACGAGUGCACUAUAUCGAUUUAACCCCCGGACGUACAAGUAAGUGGGGGGCGGGUGGAGGCGGUGGUUGCCAACCCCCUCUAAGAUUUUUCUGAUCUUUUUUCCUAGACGACAAAACAUCAGCUCCUGAAUUUUUUUGUAGCUAUAUCUUUAUCCCUCACACGCAUUCUGAUACAAGUUUAGUGAUAGUCAGUUACUAUGGUUACGAGAUAUGACGUCAUAAAUAGCAGGCGGUGAAGCCAUUUUGAGUGAAAAUGCAAGUUUUUUCAACUUCUUUUAGGAACAAAAGUAAAUUUUGUGGAUAAAAUGAGGCAGAGUAAUUAUUUACGUUAUUUUACAUGUUAAACGCAAAAAAAAUUAUUAAUUCUCAUAGUUUUUACCUGAUUUCUAAUUCUUGAAAAAAUCCAAGAUGGCUGCUAAGAUGGCGACCAUGUUUGGUGACAGACCUCCAGCAGCGCCAUCCCCCAUAAAAUAUACCUCUUCUUGUAGAGAAGAUCAAAGGCUUUUCACUGAAGGCAAAAUCAUUUCAAAAUACUGCAACAUGUCAAAAACUCUAAGGGAGUUCCAUCACCGCACCGCAUCCCCCCCGCCCUUGUACCACGGUGGGGGUAUGACUCUGCGUGUACGUCCGAGGUUUAAGUGAGAUAGCUCCGUUUGUGGAUGUUUCGAUAAUUGUGAUCAGCGUACACUUUAAGAUAUCAACCCUCUUUGUGGUCAGUUACUCUUCUAGUGCCGACUAAGGUGUCCCCUGAAGGGAGGUUAACCCCGGGUUUCAGGACCCAGAAAUAGUGUCCCUUUCCCUGAAUAGAGGUGUUCCUUUAGUACAGGUGUCCCAAAAGAGUGGUUUAUGUUUGUUGUUUUUUUUUUCAUUCAGGUUAGCAGUUGGUCAGCUUGGGGGUCAUGUUCUGCACCCCCAGGCAGAUGCAGCACGAACAGUGGUACAAGAAAAAGAACAAGAAGGGUGACUUUAUCUCCCAGCUGUGGAGGAUCAUCGUGCCCUACAUUAACCCACACAUCUCAAUGUACACCUGUUCCCAUCCCUUGCAAGGUUAUUCUCAUUAUUUUUUUCCUGUUUCUUCACAUUUGCUGCUUGCUGAGAUAUGUCCAAAAAUGUACGCACUGGCAUCUAAUCUGAACAAUUACCACAUUCUGGAUAUCGCCAGCCCUCUGGCGAUAUUUUGUCAUUUUCGCCAAAAUCGCCACUCUCUUUGGGGCCACUUUUAGCAUCCAAUUUGAUUCGCCAGCCCUCUGGCGAUCUUUCGCCAUUUCGCCAGCCUGGACAUAAGUGUGCUUGUUUGUCAAAGUGUUUUUUCUACAUUUGUCAUAAUUUUUGACAUGAAUCUUUACGAGGGAGCUUUAGCAACCACUAUAGGUCAUCGAAAACUAUUGAAAUGAAUUCUUCUUUUUACGGUAAACCAAAACUAUGUACUUUUUAAAUCGUUACAGUGCUUUUUAAACUAGUUGCUUUUUUGGCGUUCUCUUUGUCGUCUCCGCCGUCGUUGCUAAAGCGCCCUAAUGUCGACAUCAUAACGAGAACCUGCAUAUUGCCACUCUCAUCAUUAACCUCAACAGUAUCAGUGGGAACAUCAGCCUCAGCUCACCGUCACUAUCACCACCAUCAUCAUCCUCAGUAUCAUCAUAAACAAAAAUGGUCUAUAAUCGCUCAGAUCACCCACAAAAAUAAUUGCAAUCCAGCAAAUUGAGAUGUAAUUCUAUUUCAGCGUUGGGUUGCUAUGAAUUUUGUCAGUUGCUUGCUUUCUCAAUGAAAUUUUCAAAUUCAUAAAUUCACAUCAUCAUUAACUUAAAGAGAAAUGUUCCGAAAGUGAGUUUUAUCCGACCGUAUAUUCUUCAUUAUGUAAAGUGCUAUGUGGUUUUUAAUUCAUUAUUUAGAUGAAUGCGUGGGGCUCGUGGAGUGCGUGUUCCCCAAACAAUGGCAAAUGCGGAGCUGGUACUCAGUAUCAGAUACGUACAGUAGCUACCCAGCCAUAUUGCAGUCCCGCAUGUCCUGCCACGCGACAGACACGCUCGUGCACACACAGUUGCUGCCCGAGGGACUGCGCUGUGUCGUCUUGGGGGUCGUGGAGUGCGUGCUCUAACACAUGUGGAACAGGUGGGUCAUACGAGUUCUUUUUUAUACUGAUAUCUCUUGAUGAAGACCUCUAUUUAGACAUCACAGCCGCCUGUGAAUAGGCCUUUCCCUAUGGGUUCAGGGAAGAUAAAUGGGGCAGAAAGAAAAGUGCUGAAAGGGAGCUCUUUCGCUAUACCCCUUACUAUUGAGUCUGUUAAUUCACAGGCUAAAAUUACCGCCAUGACCUGUAUGAAGUAGUUUCCCUCCUGGAUGGCCAACUGGCAGCUUGAUUCAGGCUCAACCAACCAAACAAGUAUCAGUAGAAAUAUAAAAGAGCCUUUGUUUACAUUUUGUUUUUAUAUAUAUCUGUUGUGGUUCAAUUUUAUCCUUGGUUUAAACUUUAUUUUCUUUUGUUUGAAACUCAUUAUCAUACAUUACCAUACCCCAAAACAAAAGAAAAUAAAAUUUAAACCAAGCAUAAAAUUGAACCACAACAUAUCCAUCACUUUGAAUUUCAAAAAGUAAAUAAAACAAUUAAAUAGAAUAAUAAAAAACCAAAAGAAUAGAUAAAUGAAUGAAUAAAUAAUAUAUUUAAAAAAUACUAGGAAACAACUGACUAGGGGAAAAACAAAAUCAAAAACAAAACGUUGACAAAAAUACAAAAUGAGUGAAUAGUACAAAGGUAAACUGUAAGUGCCGAUUCGAACGCAUUCACGCUAGAUUGAUCUAAAAUCGAACAGGGUAAAGUGUCCCAUUAAUAUAAGGUUCUAGUAAAGAAAUUGAAUUUGUGCUGCUGUGACUACCAAUGUUCAUAGCACAAUUUCGAUGAAAAAAACUUUUUUACCACUAAUAAAAAUAGACUGAACAUCGUAAGUGCAAAUUUUUACCUUUGUUCGAAGGUAUUGGAUAAAAUCAUGUCUUUGACUUUUCUAUUUCAAUUACUCCAGUUUUAGGAACUAUCCGCAUGUCUGAACAGGAACAAGUUAUUAUAAUAAAUUACAUGAAGGUUUUAAUCAGUUCUUAAUGCUUCUCAGGUACGAAGACAAGAACACGCGUCAUUACUGUUCAACCGUAUUGUAAAGGAAGAGCUUGUCCAGCCUUGAAAAACACAGCAAGGUGUUCACAGUACAACAACCGCGAUUGCGUCAUGUCUUCGUGGUCAUCCUGGUCAAUUUGCAGCAAUGGCUGCGGAAGCGGACAGUCCACCCGAACUCGCCGAAUAACAUCGCCAGCGGUAUGCCGCGGGAAGGCAUGCGGAGCUAGAACCGAGAGCAGGUCGUGCACAGAUUACCGUGAGAAUAGAGAUUGCGUGGUACGUUUAAAAUUGUUCUUACGUAUUGAAAUAUUUUAUACCAAGAACUUUGAACUCCGGUUGAAAAAAUAGUGUUGACCACCACGCCAGCAAAGCCUUUCUUUAAUUUCACUUGCUCAAUUUUAAUCGUCGAAAAAGACUCUGCAUGAAUCGACUAAGAUCCUUGCUGAGCAUGCGCGGCAUUUUGCUAAGAUAUAGUGUCGGACCCAGGCCUAAAAACCGUUCCCUUGCUACAGUGAGCUGGUUUAUGACCGUCGGUUUAAAAUAAACGGAUGUUCGCACUCGAUAAAACCAGUUUGGCGAGGAAAAACAAGAUUGAUUUGUCCAAAAGUUCAAUCUGCGCCGACUUCAAAGACUUGACGUGAUUCAGGCAAAACCUCCUUUUCUCCUCCUCACUCAAGAAGACAAAAGAAGACUGCUUGCAGGCUGGGUCCGGUUGGCAUUUUCUAAACGUUCAUUGAGAUUUGAGAUAUCGGAUGAGUUCAUACCCAGUGAAGCGAAUACAGAACCACGUGGAUCAUCCACUUAAUUCACUGCGGUUGUGCUCGUGUUCAACAAAGUUGAGAAAGUGGUUCACCUAGUUUCAACAUUUCGAGAACAAAAAAAAUGUCGAGAAGAUAUUAUACACUUAAUGUCAGAUCCAGAGGGAAACAGUUAGUUUUGUUUUCCCAAGAGUCCUGAUCGAGUCCUGAAACAUCAGGACUCGAGGGAAAACAAAACCAACUGGUUUCCCGAGGGACCUGACAUUAAGUGUUUUGUUAUAUUUCUAGACUUUUCACUUCAACGUACUUCAACAGCAACAAAAGAAUACGCUUAAGAGGAACGCGAAUCAAAACAGUACGACUCGGUACUUAUAAGAACACAAAUUUAAUUCUCAAAACCACUGAAUAAAUGAUUUAAAAAGUACUUUCCUUAUAUUAUCUGCAUCUUUUUCCUCCACCAGCUGCUGUUUCUCUUCUGGGAUAACUUGCUUUUUAGCUUGAGGCUUCAUAUUUGUGUUGUUGUGAAUGUUGUUGUGUUCAUUCACGAAAAAGAAAACUGGCAGUGUUUUUUCCGCCUUCUGUCACGCCACUUUCCACCAUGCUCUGAUCACGUGCUGUAAUGCAUCCCGAGCGGGGUACAUUGCUUGAUGUAUCACGAUCGGGAUACAUUCGAUUUUAGUCAAGGUCACGUGACCAAGAAUCAGCCAAUGGCUGUCCCUGUUUAGUUGAGUGAAAGUCUACGAAUAUAACAAUGACAUUUAAACUCUUCUCAGUACCUAACAACGCAAUCCUGAGAGGGGUUAUUAAACCAUCGGCUCUCAACCUUGCGAUACUGAUGAUACAACGUUCUGAUAAAGAGGAUGAUUUUUUUCUUACAUCCCAUCUUUUAAACUUGUCUUCUAAUUUCUGCUUGGCAAUAUGUAAAGACCUGUAAUUAAACAAAACAUUUUAAGCGGUACAUUCCGGUUAUCCUGCCCUUUGCUAUGCUAUCCACAGUGGCUCUGCUAAUUUUUUAAUUUAGACAGCCUAAAGAUGCAACGUUUUAAGAUAUUUAGAGAGAAAGAAUUGCAACAUUUCAAGAACAGGGAGGAAUGAAAGGAUAAAUUGAAGAAAAUUUUGUUUUUUUUACUUUUAGGUUAAUUCUUGGGGUUCAUGGGGAGGUUGCAGCGAAAAAUGUGCUGUUGGGACAAAACAGCGAACACGGACAGUUAAGAUUUCUAAAAGGUGCCGUGGAAGAGAUUGCCCGACACUUAGGGUAAGAAUUUAUAGUAGUAUUUUUGAGGUUACACUGGAAAAAACUUUGAGGUUGCACUGGUGUAAACUUGUUUGAUGAUGCUGUUGUAGUUGCUGUUGUUUGCUUCUUUUAAAAAAUUCGUCGACAACUUCCCUGAGCAAGAAAAGCAUCGGCUCAUAAUUCCCUUGUUACACGUCGAAAGUUUUAUCUCGAUAUUUUUCAAUCAAACUGUGGCUGUCAACUGACUUACUUUGGUGUUGUCGACAUGAGUGAGUGCCUUCAGAGCAUUGUUGUAACUAAGAUACACAGGAGGUCCACUUCUCAGGAACCAAGAAGCUCCGAUCAGGGCUUUUUUCCCCUCCAUGUGAACGCAAAAUCGUGAAUCAGGGGUUUCGUCGUAUUCAAAUUCAAUAAAAACACAAACAGUCAAACAAGAAGAAAGGGCCUCAAACAAAGUACCAUCACACGCCCCUCCGUAUCCCUCCGUGUUGUUCAAUCUUUAUUUCAUUUCAACGUAAUUAACUAGUUCCCAGAACACUUGUUUUUCCCUCGUUUCUGACAUGGUUGUUGUAUUCAUGUAUUUUUUUGUGUUUAAGGAAACAUCACAAUGUGGAACUCUAAACAAUGGAUGUCAACAUAAAUGCACCAAUGGCGCGUGCUCCUGUUAUUCGGGCUACUAUCUGGCCUCAAAUAAGAAGAAUUGUAUCGCCAAGGAUUGUAAUAUGCCAAAGCCAUCAUAUUGUGCACCAGGUCAGUAAACAUAAAACUGAAAUAGUAAAUAACGCAAACAAACAAACAAAAACAACCUUACAACGUACCAGUAACCUAAGAGUUACCUUAAUCAGAUCAAUGAGGAGGAUGAUGAUAUCAGAACCAGCAAAUUAGUUUAUCAAUUUUAAAAGUGCAACUUAGUUAGAAGCCGUAAAAAGAAAACUCGUUUAUGUAGAGCAAGGACCAUUUCGACUGUUUGUUAUGCAAAACAUGGUGAUUCUAACUUUUGAUUUUGGGAAUGAUCCAACAUACACAUGUUAAGGCCGCAGCCAAAGUAGCACCUGUUUUGAUAGUCUUAUUUCCUUCAUUAAUAUGCCCAUAAAUUCUAUCUUCUCAUUUGUUAUAAGGGAAAGACCUAACGUGCAGACAUUUUCAGGUACCUCACUUGGCAGCACGUGCAGGCAUGCCAAUGUCACGUGCCCGGGAAGUAAGACCACGUAUCCUGUCACGUGUUCCUUGGGAUGUCCUCAAUACUAUUCCAUAAAAGGAGCGUCCACAGUCACGUGUCAGACGUCAGGACAAUGGACGUCUUAUGCGUCUUCAUACUGUCGACGGAAUAAUGAUCCGCCAUCACAGGUAAACUUUUGUAAGAACUCUCGUUUCAAGUCAACUGGUAACAGCAAUUAAUUCGUUGCCAAGCAUCUAAAGGUGUGAUUAUUUGCCUAAAUAUAGCAGAUUGCCAAAUUAACUGUGAAAAUUUAUUGCUAAAAGUAAUAAGCAAGUUUGAUAUGGCUAAUUAUAAUAAUCAUCAUCAUCACAUCGUCAUCAUCAAUAAUAACGCUGUUUCAUCUGCGCGUUCCUCUUUUCCAGAUUACCUUGUCUGGCUCAGCCAGUGUUCCAGAAAACCAACCACGUGGCACUAAAAUUGGCUCGUUCUCCACCGUGGAUCCUAACACUAAAGAUAAGCACACUUACAGCAUCGUAAGCGGAGGAAGCGGGAAAUUUGAGCUUCGAGGACCAGAUCUGUUCACACUGACCACUUUUAAUUAUGAAACAGCUCCAAACAGGUGAGUGUGAACGCAAUAUAUGGUCGUUGUGCCCUUAUUCACUGUUCAGUUUUACCCUUUCUGGUUAUUCCUUCUUGGGCUGAAAAUUGUGUUAAGCUGCAGAUUUUGCUUGUAUUAAGGAGCACAGUGUGACUGCUUGGCCAUUGUGCCUUUGUUCAUUGCCGGAUUUUACCCUUUGUGGUCAUUCCUGUUUGAACUGACAAAUUCUGUUGGUCCUACGCUGUAGAUUCUCACUCGUAAUAAGGAGCACAGUGUGAACGCUUUGCCAUUGUGCCUUUGUUCACUGCUCCAUAGAACCGAGUUUUACCCUUGAUGGUUAUUCCCCCUUGGACUGAAAGUCUCUGUUUGUGUUACGCUGUAGGUUUUCACUCAUAAUAAGAAGCUCAGACAACGGCAGUCCGCCAAUGAGGUUGGAUGAAACAUUUACAAUCUCGGUGACAGACGUGAAUGAAAAGCCUACAGCGAUCCAGGUAAGCAGAAUGUGGCUCGUAAUUUAUAACAUAAAUGACCUGUAAGUAAAAUUAUGAAAUUUCCUUUGAUCGGUUUGGCAUGACAAGAGAAACACAAUAAUAACUCAAACAAUAAAGUGCCGUUACGAGGUGUAUUGUUUGAUACUGUCGUUUCUUUUGUUUUUACCUAAUCUGUGUUCCAGUGCCUGCCGAAGGUUUAAAUUUAAAUGUAGAUAUGAAGUGUAGAGCAUUCACGUUAAAAGCUAUUGUAAAGAUCUGAUGUCGCACUCUCCUUGAGCCCCUUAGCUUACGCAUUGUUAUUAACUGAUAAGCGAUAGGGCCUAAACGAGUUCGAACUCUUUAAGAGUGAACCAUAAAGAGUCCAAUUGUUUGAGACUUGUUUUAAACUCAGAGACAGGGAGACGAAUUGCCUUUGAAUCCAGUAAAGUCGCUGAAAAUCGAGGAUUGGCGUAAUUUCUCAUCACCCUUCAUUGUUGUUUGUCCCAGGCCUAAUACGAGCUCAAGGACCUUGAACCCGCGUAACCUCUCGCUUGUGUUUAAAGCUAUCAUAAAUUCCGAGAGAAAACACAUCUAUGUAUUUCACGAGUAGCUGGUGAGCGGGGUUGAAUGGAGACUGUGGGAGAGGAUAAUAUGACCGGACUCACCAAACGGUACCAUUGUUUUUGCAUUGUUUUACACAAGACGCUGUUUUACAGAGAGAGGAGUAAACAUAGGCUAUAUUAACCAAUGCUUUAGUUGAGCCAAAUAAAUAAAUGCUUCCUGGUUCAUGCUCAUCACUACUUCUUUGAUCUACUUCUCUUGUAGUUAUCAAGUAAUACUGUUGAUGAAAAUAGUGACGUGGACACAGAAGUGGGCGCGCUAAGCACCGCUGACCCAGAUAACGGGCAGUCAUACAGCUACACGUUGCUAGAUGGCGCUGAUGGAAGGUUUAAGAUUCAAGGAAGUCGUGUUAAGGUAUAGCGGUAUUUCUCAACUCAAUCAAACCACACUAAAAUAAACGAGACAGUACUUAAAGGAUACGAGAAAAAAUGGCCAAGUCAUAGGUUUUUGCAAGCAAGUGAUUGGCUCCUGAAAGAUUCAUCUCUAUAAUAGGGUUUCAUUCCCAGCGUCUCACUUUAUGUCUCUUUAUAAAACAUUACCCAGGCAGACGUAACCUACUAGCGUUUAUCCCAUUUUAGAUGAUCAUGAAAAUUUUCCCUUUUCAUUUAAGGUUGCCAAGUCAAACAGAAAUUGCUUGUUAAAUGGUGGUUCCCAGUGCUUUCUCAAUUUCGAGAGCGUGUCUUCUUACUCUAUAAGAGUACGCAGUGUUGACAGCGGUUCUCCCUCGCAAUCUAUUAACGCCUCAUUUAACAUCUUGUUGAAUGACGUCAACGAUCAACCACGUGGUCUGAAAUUGUCCAAUUACAAGGUGAAAGAAAACGCACCAAUCAACUUCAAGAUCGGCAAUCUAUCCGCUAGCGACGAGGACAAAGGACAAAAGCUAAAUUUCUCAUUGGUUGAUGACGAUGCCGGUAGAUUUGCCUUAGACAGCAAGGGGGUUCUUUACAAGGCAAGGUCAACAGACUAUGAGACGAGCAAAGUGCACCACAUCGUGGCUAAAGUCACUGAUGACGGAAAGCCAUCAUUAUCGGUAGGUAAACAGGCAUCCCAACAUUAUUGUGCACAUAGAAUUAGCCUCAUGUAAAACCAACAGUGCGUCUCUUUAGAAGAAACCAACACUAAAUUAAAGUAUUGAUCUCAAAUUGCUUGUUUUCGUUAACUCGUGAUAACUGGCAACUGAGUACUUCAAGUAGAAAUUGAGGAGUUGGAGGUAUUAAACAAAUAAUUUUCACCUCCCAUUCCCCCCUUUCGCAUCCUUCCCACCCCCGUGCACCACUGAAACACACACGCACCCUGCUUUACAGUGUGGUUAAAUCGAAUAAUAUUGUAAAACAAGCCUUUCUUGCUAUUUCGCAGAUGACAAAGUUAUUUUCUAUCAGCGUGUUGGACGUCAACGAGGCCCCAGUCUCCAUCGUCCUCUCCUCGAGUAACGUAAACGAAAAUUCGGAACCUGGAACUCUUGUUGGAACUUUAAUGGCUACAGACACUGAUGCUGUACAAAACCUAACCUUUAAACUAGACGAUGACGCAGGAGGCAGAUUUUCCUUGCAAUCCAACUCUUCUUGCCAGAGUAUUAAUCCCAAUGGAACUCGCUGCACAACAGAAUUACUUGUCAGCGGCAAUAUAAACUACGAAGAUAGCUCAAGCCUGGACGUAAUCGUUCGCGUGACCGAUUACAAAGGUCUUUUUCGCACAGAGAUGUUUAACGUGACAGUAAUUGAUGUGAAUGAUCCGCCAACAAAUGUCACGCUAGAUGGAAGUGUAUCUGCUUUAAUUCCAGAGAACAGCAAAGGUGUUCAAGUGGACAGUCUUAUAACAGAAGACGAGGAUCAGGGUCAAAACUUCACUUACGUCUUAAUUAACAACCCAGGGGGAAAUUUUCAAGUAAAAGGGGACAAACUGUUUACUUCUAUAGGCGCCAAACUUGAUUAUGAAUCAUCUACGAGUCACCAAAUCACAGUGAAAUCGACUGAUGACGGUAACCCACCUCUUUCUGUACAGGUGUCAUUAGUUAUCAAUCUCCAAGACGUAAACGAAAAGCCAACCAAUAUAACCUUGUCCAACCGAAGCGUUCAGGAAAAUAAACCAACUGGAAUGCUGAUUGGUCAGUUGACAGUCAGCGACCCUGAGAGACAGCAAAGUCACGUGUGCAGUUUGACCGAUUCAGCCAAUGGGAAGGUAGCGUUAAGUAAGAACCAACUGACCGUUGGAAGUGCAGGCGUCAAUUAUGAAGAUGCAAGUUCGUUGAGCGUUAGAGUCCUGUGUCGUGAUCCUGGUGGCCUUGCUGUGGAGGAUACGUUUGUGAUUCUUGUUCAAGACGUCAACGAGGGCCCGACGAGUAUUUCACUAUCAAACGACAAGGUUCAAGAAAACCAGAAAGGAGGUACCUUAGUCGCGCAGAUCACAGUCACGGAUCCAGAUAACGAGAAAAACCGGGUUCAAUCGUUUACGCUCUCAAUCUCUUCUUCCGACCCAAAUCUACCAUUUCAGAUCCAAAAUAACAGCCUUGUUACCAAACGCCCACUUGAUUAUGAGAACAGCGCUCAGUGGCUUGUAAGAGUGACUGCAAAGGAUGACGGGAUACCUUCGCUCUCUAGAACUCAGGCAUUUACGAUCCAAGUCAUUGACGUAAAUGAUGCUCCAAAUGGAAUGGUGGUAAGAUAUUUUCUCGGUACAUUUGUUAUUUAUCCAAACAAGUUUAUGAACCUCUAUUGAGCGGCCAACCGCCAUUAAGGGGCCACUUGCUGUUACCCCGAGGGUGGCCGCUUAAUGGAGCUUAAACUGUAUUAGCAAAUACAAAGAAAAAUUUUGUAUUCAUUCUCAGGAACAAUUUCCUGUGGCGCAGGGUCUCAUUAACAACAUUUCUUCGGGCCCCGGUUUUAUGGAGAAAGGUGGUCUUGGGAAAGAAAGUCACCCUCACAGCCGAGUCAACAUCGGCGAUCGUUAUGAGGAAAAACUUGACCCCUUUGCCCGAGCUAAGAGCGAGACAACAGCGAUCGCGCAUUGUCUGAUUGUCUCGCCUUGACCAAGCUGAACCUGCUGGGCGAGCCAAUGUGUUUAUAUGGAGAAAGAGGAGGGUGACCCUACCACCGAAAAAGGGUAACUCUUUUUAGUGGGUCACCUUUCUGGCCGAGCCAAUCUUUUUUUUCUGAUGUCAACGGCUCACCAAGUUUUGUAAGGAAAUGCGGGAGAAGUGGUAGCCAUUGAAUUUUUCCAAUCUUCCGCAAGCGGAUUCCUAGGCCUGGUCCAGAGGGGUUGCUUACGUGGGCGGUAAUUACUAACAGGGAUCUUCUCUUUGUGUUCAUUUAGCUUUCAAGUUCUGAUGUAAAUGAAAACAGCGAUGAGAACACUUUGGUUGGCUCUUUAACCGCAGUAGAUCAAGACACUUCACAGAAUCAUACUUUCCAACUGUUAAACAGCGCUUCGGGAAGAUUUAAAGUUGAUGGAAAUGAAAUUAAGGUAAAAUUUCUCAAGGCUGAAAAAUAUGAAGAUGUAUUCCAAUAUGAGAAGCUUCUCCUUACGUUAAACUCAAGAAAACCUAAAAAAUUAACUCAGCACGUACUUUUCUUUUAAAAAGAGAAAUUUAAUUGGUUAACAGUACCCUUACGUCGUAUCGCUGGGUUGAAAACAAUCCCAUCUCAUGCCAUUUUAUCCCUUGUCAUGACCCGUCUUAUUCAUUUAUCCAUCCAUUCAUUUAUCUGUCCGUUGGUUCGUCUGUUCGUUCGCUGGUUUGUUCGUCCGUCCAUCCGUUUCAGCGACCCGUUUGUUCGCUGGUUUGUUCGUUUGUCCGUUUCUCAGACGGUUUGAAGUAAUAACUUUAAUAGUAACAUCCUUGUGAGGUUUUUCAGGAACUAUUUACAAACUAUUUACAAUUUAUAAAAGCAAAAAUGACAAUAAAAACUCGAAAUCACAAUUUAGGAUGGCAUUCUACUAAAUUCUAGAGCUUCUGAAGGAAAGGAAGGAAGUUGAUCGCUUGCACGCAUCUCCCUCAAGUUCUAAGUGAGCUAUUGUGAAGCACAAUGAAGUCAUCACCAAUCUAGUAUUCUUACAACAAUAAAGUAAAGAAGUGUUGUGUUCAGAAGUGUUAACCACUAAACAAACUGAACCAAGCACACUGGGACAGAGUGUUUCAUCGAUUUACCGAUACUUCGAAAUUGCUUCGAAAUUCAGUAGACUGUGUCUCGUUUUUUAAACCUCUCGCUCUUGGCGAGGAAACACUCUUUCUUUUUUGUGGUAUAAUCCUUCAAACAUUCUGCUAUUUAUUACUUAGGUGGCUAUUUCCAACAAACAAUGUUUGAGUCAAGGAGGUUCUUCAUGUCUCCUAAAUUACGAGAAACAAAAGAAUCACAUUAUCAGAGUAAAGACUACAGACAAUGGUAGCCCACAACUGUCCUACGAAAAAAACUUUAGAAUUGACGUGCGGGAUAUUAAUGACAUACCCCGUGACUUGCAGCUCUCUAAUAACCAAGUGAAGGAGGAUGCGAAGAUAAGUACCUUGAUUGGCAGGUGAGUAUCACGUGACAGUAUUCUAACCUAUUGUUUUAUUCAAAGCAUUUUGGCUUAUGUUUGUGGCAAUCAAAUAUAAUAUUUUGAUUCUAGUUCAUAGAUUAUGAUAACAACCAAGUUUUUGUCUCCCUGCAAGUCGAGUUACUGCGACCUCCGCCCAGUUAGCUCAGUUAGAAGAGCGCGGGUCUCCUGAGCGGAUGGUCGCGGGUUUCAUCAAGUUAUCUAGCAGGUCAUGCUGGCUGUGAAUAACACCUUGCCUCAGCUCAGAUGAUUAGUCAUUGGCAAUAUUAUCACACGUUGGCCUUAACUCAUUCAUCCCUCCUUAUAAGGGGGAUUUGUCGGAGGAAGACACCGACAACAGAGACCUAUAGAUUCUAAGACAAGGACUACUAUGAGAACAAAUGAAUGUCAAGUAUUGCGCGCGCGUGAACCAGCGUCAUUUUCGCGGGAAAACGUGAUAACUGUCGUCAUUCUACUGCGUUUAGCAAAAAUGUCGUAGUGCGGAAACAAGUUAUCAAAUACUUCAAGAGUUAUCAUUUUACGAUCGGGAGAGGGCUUAUCCUCCUUCACUAAAGAUAAACGUGUUUAUUUUUCUGGUGGAAAAAGGAAAAAUGGAGUUUUUGGGAUGUCAAACUUUAAGUCAAAUCUCGUCUUCGAGUCUAAAGGUCUCUAAUGGUGAGAGAGUUGGGGUAGUAAACCCUGGUAUGGUGAUCUAUCUUUGCCAGUUAGGUUGGGAGAAGACUGCUACAGGCGCGUACCAAUUCGUUCCACACUAUUGCAGUUACCAUGCCAACAAUUAACAAAGCAAACAGAAUAAACAGAUAUGAACAAUUAGAGCAACCAAAUCCUAUCCAGUUGCCCUGUUAAUGGAACUUCAAAUUCCAAUUGUAAAGAAACCUAACAAUACAUGAAGCUACUAUCUACGAUUAAAUCACUUGACAGCUUUCUUUCCUUGUGACUAGGCUUACAUCACGUGACGAAGACGUUAGCCAGUCAGCAACAUAUUCACUGACCAAUGAUGACAGUGGGCGCUUCAAGGUUGACUCUCAGGGGAGACUGUACACAGCGAAGAAUAUCAAUCAUGAGACCCAGAAGAGACAUGUCAUCAGAGCAAUGGUAAAGGAUAAUGGAAACCCGCCUAUGAAAGUGAGUCUUCCAGUAAUAGCUAUUGUUAUUUAAAAUAAAAUUUUCUCAAGGUUUUGAUUAGUGUCGAGGUCACUACGUCACCGCAGAUAACUGCGUACGGAUAAUAAUCUAAUCAAAUGCGCAACAGCGAAAAAGUUUUGCUGCUAACAAUGCGCUGCGCAUUGGCAGUUUUUUCUGUUUUUGCAACCUCCUUCCCAGCAUCUCUGGAAACAAGGUUGUGUAAAAUCAUUGAACUCAGUUUGCAUAUUAAAUCAUUUUUUUAAAAAACUUAACAGCUAUAUCAAAAAAAAAAAAAAAAAGAAUGGGGAAAUUUCUGAAAGGACACCUUCCAAAAGGAGUGUCGCCUUUUAAAGUAAAACAGUACAUAUCUGUAUACCUCGAUUGAGAUCGACCAUCUUGUUCAAAUUUUGAAUUUGUUAUCAAAGUAAAGGUCUGACCAUGAUCUGUCAUCUAAACAAAAAAAAUACUGAAAAAGAGUGAAUAUUAAUUUACAAAUAGAAAAUUAGUUUUAAGCGAAACUGAAAGUUUGUCUUUUGAAAGCCUUUUGCGUUCGUUUGCUAGUGAGAUGCAGUCAACUGAGACACUUUUCGUGGGCGAAAAUUUUACGAAUAUCAAGCACUGAUUGGCUCAUUUAUCUGAAAAGUUGAGUACGAUCAAGGGGGCUGCUUCCUGGAUUCGAUCUGAGGCGAGGAAUUUUCCUACGCGCUUUUUUCUGGAACAGAAUUUGUCACUUACCGGGGACAUUUCACAUAGUGAAAACUCAAAGAAAUUUUGUUUGAUUAUCCUCAAAUUCGGCGAAAAGUUAGUUUAAAAGCAAUUUGUUUGAGCUGGUUAUUGCUCAAAUCGUUACUGUGCAAUCACCCCACUUUUUUUACAUCUAAAUCCUAACGACCGCAAACAAUUACAUUGACAAAGGCGUAAGACACGCUUGGAAGAUAGCAACAUUCUUAUUUCUGGGAAAUGUACUACAAAAAUUAAUUCUACAAUCUUAUAUGGGUAAGCCCCGACAUGAUUCUGUAGCGGCGAACCUAAAAAAGUCCAAUAUGCCAAAGAAAAAUUCGUUCUGAGAUACAAAGCUUUCGACGGACACACCACAUCUUUUGGACGGUGCUAGCAUAAUUACAACUAUUUUCUUGAAAUACACUGAUCUAAUCAUUCGCGAUUCAAGUCUCAGUUGCAUCUAUCAAAGCAAGCAAUGAUGUUUUUCUUUUUAUUAACACUUGUAAACGUACCUUUAGUGUUCUACCGGUGGUUAAUAUAAACGACAGUUUUAACUUGUUUUAAAACUGCAGUUGGUGAAUCCUCGUGUUUGUCUUUUCCUUCUUAUUGGUUCAGUUCUUUGCUUUCUGUAAAUUUUACCAAUAAACUUAUGUCAACGAAGCCCGAGCACGCACUUCCAGAGCGUUUGUUUAUUUUAGAUGGAAAAAUCCUUCACGAUCGAAGUUUUGGAUGUCAAUGAAGCUCCAAGCAGAAUGAACAUCACUUCCCAAGGGAGUCAGCUGUCUUUCCCGGAUGGACAUGCUCAGAUCCGUGAGAACUCCGCCUCCGGAACAAAGAUCGGAACACUGGAGGCUUUUGAUUACGACGCAGGGCAGAAUUUGACUUUCAAUCUCGACGAUGACGCCGGUGGGAAAUUUAAAUUGGGAUCCCGAGCGAACUGUCAGUCCAUCACCAACAUCCCAGGGGUGAAUACAAAAUGCACAACAGAUCUUCUGUUAAAUGGUUCUCUCGAUUACGAGGUUUCGACUGGGUACUCCCUGAUAGUGCGCGUGACGGAUAAUAAAGGUACUUUUAGGACUCAGCAAUUAAAGAUCCGAGUGGUAGAUCAAAAUGAUGCUCCUGAAAAUGUCACGCUAGGUGGCAGUAACGCUGCGUCUGUUAAUGAAAACGCCGAUGGUGCUUUUGUUGGAGAACUGGUAACUAGUGACCAAGACGUUGGCCAAACGCAUAUUUACAAGUUGUUGGACAAUGCCGGAGGUAAAUUUGUGAUCUCAAACAACAAGGUGUACGUCUCAUCGUUGGCUAAUUUGGAUUAUGAAGCUCGAAGUCAGUUCACGAUUAGGAUUCAAUCUGAAGACAAUGGUAGUCCCCCUCUUAGUUUGGCAAAAGAUUUCAAGAUCACUAUCAUCGACGUCAACGAAGCUCCAGUGAACAUCACUCUUUCUUCAGGGAACGUAGCUGAAAAUAGCGCCCCUGGAACAGUGAUUGGUCAGCUUAAUGUCACCGAUCCGGAUAACUAUGGUUCGCGUGGCGCAUGGCAAUCUCACAACUGCCAAGUUAUUGGAAAUCAGUUAGGAAAAUUCACAGUUCAAACCAAUUUGCUGGUAGUAGGUAACGCCAAUUUAGAUUACGAGCAGGCUGCAUUAAUACUCGUACAAUUAAGAUGUUCUGAUAGUGGCUCACCGCCAUUAUCUCUGGUGAAGGUUCUAUCCGUUUCAGUUGAUGACGUCAAUGAGGCUCCCACCAGAAUAUCAUUGUCAAGUGACGUCAUAGCAGAAAAUCAGUCUCCAUUGUUUAUAGGUAGGAAUGAUAAUUCAAGUUGAAAAGAUGUAAUGGCUGAAUGAUAUUUGUAGCGGAUAUUUGCUGUGUUCCAUAAAUAAACGUCUUGCCUUCUUUGCGGUUCGACUUCUUAGCUAUCACAGAUCUCCACCGUGGUCAAAUGUCAAGGGCGAUUGUUUUGUUUGUUCUGAUUUCAUUUAUCAGUAAGUGUAAACAUGGGCAAAGAUGUAUAAACUAACUCUUUAACGUAACUAUCUGAACUAUCUCUUCUUUUUCCUCAAAAUUUUGAGCUUUUCUCUUUCUCUCCUCGAGUAAAAUCUUGCUGGAAAUUGGCGCGGACAAUAACACCAGAUUCUGUUUUCAAACACAAAAACUAACAGGGUAUUGGUAAUAUCUUAAACGUUCAACAUUGAAAGUAGCAACCUCAGCUUUAAAGUAGUUUGCCUAGCUUUGCAUGUUUCUCUUGUUUAAGCACGGUAAAUCACACAUAGUUCUAGGACAUAACCACGUGACCUAUCCCGCCCAUUUCUAUUUCCUGUUGCUGGCCGUUAUAGAAGGACAUCACAAGUGUACGAUAUUUAAUUUACUUUCACUUGUUCAGUAAUCUUUGGCUGUAAAGUUCUUCUAAUUAUACGUUUCAGGCUUGUUCUCAACCGUUGACCCAGAUAACGCCAACCAAGUGACAAACAGACAGACAUUUACUUAUACACUCAUGGGGAAAACCGCUGGUCUACCUUUUAUAAUCGAUGGUGACGCGUUGAAUUCGACAAGAAGUUUGGAUUUUGAGGCCCAGUCCUCUUGGAACAUCACGAUCAGAUCAGUGGACAGUGGCGACCCGGCGCUCAGUUUAAUAAAGACUUUCCAGAUAUCCGUUGUUGGUAAGUUAAAGUUUGAAUUAUGCUUGACUACUUUUGCCUUGAGAAUAACUCCUUCGAGUUGUUUGACUAAAUCAGUUUCAAAAUAAAUGCAAGCUUGAGGGUAACGACUGAUUGAUUUAUAGUAAUACAUACAACCUUCUCCUGGAAUAUUAAGGCUACUGAAACACUUGUCACUUUACCCCCCUCUCUCCUCGGGAACGUUGAUGUACAUAAAUUACCCACUUGCAAAAAAUGCGGAACUCGACAAGGGCGUAGAAGAUCAGUUGACUUUAAUUAAAUUAAGUUAAUGCGGAUCAACUGACGGGAUUCUCAACGAACAUUCAACUGUGAAGAUCUGCCUAUGUAAAUAUAGUGAUAAAGGUCGGCAUGAAUAGUGUUGUUUGAAGGAGUUCACGGUCUUAAUUCGAAGUAAAAAAGGACAAAACAAUGACUUAAGGCUAUAGAAGUGCAAGAUUGAUUUGUGUCUGUUGGAAUACAUGAUCAUACUUUGCUCUAUCGACUGGCAGUGCAAAUACUUUUUAAUUAAGUCCAAUUCUGAAUUAUUUUUACGCAUGUUUGAUUCUUUUUCAGAUGUCAAUGAAAAACCUUUUAACAUCAGUUUAUCAAAUGCAGUCAUAAACGAAAAUUCCCCCCAAGAUGCACUGGUAGGAACUGUGUCCGCACGUGACUCUGACUUCAAUCAAACCCUUGUUUACAGUCUGAUUGACGGAGCAGGAGGAAGAUUUAAACUGGAUGGAAAUAAGCUUAAAGUUGCUUUGUCCAACGAUGACUGUCUUAAGAUUGGCGGCGACUUCUGUAAGUUGAAUUACGAGCAACAAAAAACUUACAAAGUAAGCGUACGCGCCACGGAUAACGGGAACCCACCCCGAAGCACUGAAGCGAUUCUGUCAGUCACAUUGAUUGACGUCAACGACCGACCACGUGACUUGAAGUUAUCCAGCAACAUAGUGAAAGAAAACGCCACAAUCGGAACGAAAGUUGGUCAGUUUUCCGCUACAGAUGAGGAUACAUCUCAAACUCUUCAGUUUGCUUUAAUCGACAGUGAUGGCGGGCGGUUUGCUGUUGAUUCUUCAGGAUAUUUGUUGAAAGCUAAAAGAACAGAUUACGAGACUAACAAGGUUCACAAGAUAGUCGCUCAAGUCAGGGAUAGCGGUAAUCCGCCUUUAGAGGUUCGUGUAUAAAUAUAUUCCAUGUUGCUGUGUGUGUCUGCUCAGAUUAAAGAGACCUUAACAUCGAGGUUUGGCUAUCUUACUGCAAACGGCAAACCGCGGUUUACAAUUACGGUUUCUCGUUAGCGGUUUGCCCAUAUUUGGGACUUAAGAUUCGCGGGUGGUAGCUCGCGGCUGUCAUGUUUGUUUGUUUGUUUUUCUUUUUUUCCAUUGGUUGACUUCUAUUUUAGCUGAGAAAUCGUCUUCAAAAUAACGUUUCGUUGAAAAGAAUUAAUUAAUGGGCCAAAGAGUUUUAAUACUUUGUAGAGAGUUUGAGCUUCACGUACGCGGCAAACGUCAGAUUCAAGUUGAGAAACUCAAAAUGGAAAAUAAGCAGAUAAAAACAGCUCAGAACAAUUCUUAUGGAAGAAAAAUUGCGUGAAACUACUAAUCUAGGUGUAGAAAUUAUGAACAGUAAAUGAUAAGUAAAGAGGAAACUUGGUCACGUGAUACAAAUUUACGUUUGCCGUUUGACGUAAACGGGUUGCUUAACCUCUUUAGUAUAUCCUCUAAAACGUGGGAUUGUGAUGUUUUGGGAUGCAAAAACCCUUGCGGAAAAUCAAUUAUCUCCAGAGCGUGGUCUAGCCGCACAAACGUGAUCCUCAAACCGCAAACCUGAGGGCAAGGCACGAAUCACGUGACUUCUCGACGUUCGCGGUUUGCAGAAAUUACCGAAAAAUUUCCAUCUUAAGGUCUCUAAGUGGCACACGAGCCGUAGGCUAUCGCGUCACUGAAGUUCUUCUGUGAUCCAUAUACUGAACAGACGCUCGGCAACAUGAGGAAAAACAACAAACUGGCAUCAUACCGCUUGACUGUUGGAGGAUUUGAGCCAGUUUAGGCUUUUCUAAGUCACCAACGCCAUGGCUCGUUUCGGCUUCUUCUGUUUCUUCUUCCUACUUGUAAAUAGGUUAUUCCAAAUAGAUUUUCAAGGCCUUCACUCGCUCAAAGCGGAAUAAUCGCGUGAACAUUUUAAAAAUUCAAAACUACGGGUCUCUCAUAGGAUGACAAACGAUGACAACGGCCUAUUUCUUGUUAGUUUCUUCCAGUUUAAGCAUUAGAACUCUUUUGCCUUUCCGUUUUCCUUACCUGUAAACAGCGUCUGCAAGAAUUUUUCCGAGGCCUUUACUUGAAAAACCUCAAGCCAUUUUGGACAAAGCCAAAAAAAGUUUCCCGUGACGUCAUCCAUGUCUUUGUACUGAAACAAAUCAUAGGCUUUGACCAGUCGCAGCGCACAUACCACUUACUACAUUAUACUCUUAUGUCAGGUCCGGUGGGAAAGAGUUAGCUUUUUUCCUACAGUCAUAGCCGAAGGAAGCAGCUAAACUCGAGGGAAAGCAAAACUAUCCGUUUUUGCCUAGUAACCCGGCCUGACAUUAAGUGUUUGUUAUAUUCCUAGACUUUUACUUCAACAGCGACAAAAAAUAAAGUACGAAUCAACACAUAAUUCGGUACUAAUACAGCUUAGAUUAUAAUAAGAACACAAAUUUGCAAAUUGGUGGCGAGAUAUAAGCACAGUUCAGACGCCUCAACUGUCUAAGAAGGAUUGAGUCUUGUUUCUCCCCACCAAUUAGCACUAACAGGCUGACACUUUUGGCGAACGGGUUUUUUUUUUCAUCUUAUUCUUUCUGAAUAUACCAGCCAAUCCCAUAAUUUCACAAAUAUGAAUUUUUGGCUGUUACACUUCUCUUCCCUAGGGCAGUCCCUGUUUGAUGAGUCUGGGAAUAUAGUGUGUCUAAUGUACAAAAGGAACAUCACCACCACCUUUCUCAGCCUUGACGAUACCUCCUGUAUGUGCAACAUUUUGUUGUAGCCACCUUACCCCCUCUUGGUCUGCUGGGGAGUUAUGGUCAUGCCACAGUCGCUCAUUUUCAGUUGUCGUCAAUCAUCUAAUUAGAGACCUUUAGACUCUAAGACGAGGACGACUACGAGUAUGAGAUUUUCUCAAUAUAAAAAAGUACUCGCUCGAUCAUGAGCCAGGGUCAUUUUGGAAGGGGUAAACGAUAUAGUUUGCUGUCAUUCUACUACGACUUUUAGCGUGAAUGUCAUAAAAAUGUUAGAAGUUUUAUCAUUUUGAUAUUGGGCUAGGGCUUAAUCUCGGCUCCAUAAGGAUAACAGCGCUAACUUUUCUGGUGAAAAAAAGUAAAUGAACUUUUCCGGGCAGUCUAUUUUUUGAGAAUCCCAUGUAGGGAUUUAGGAGCCAUGAAACACACGUUUACCUCGAAAAAAAUAAAGUCUUAUGGAAUGGCCGUCGUAUGAUUCCGCUUACAUGCUAAAGUGGCCACGUUUCCAGCGUGGUUGCCUCAGUGGUGUAAUGGUUAUCACGCCCGAGUACUAACCGGGGAGACGUUGGUUCGAUUCCGGCUUAAGACAACAUGUUUUUCUUUUCAGAUGAGGUGUGUGUCGAAAGUCGUCUUACGCCAUGUGUUGUGGUAAAAGUUUGUUGCAUAGAGCGUUUUCACUCACGUGACCAGCAUCUAUGCAAAUUUAUUAAAACAAAAGAGAGUGUUUACAUAAGAAAAGAAAUCAACUCCCACAGGAUUAGUUUGGAACAACAACAUGGCCGCCGUUCUAUUGUUUUGGGACACCAAUAUGGCCGCCGUGACGUCAUGUGAAAACGUUCUAUUAGCGAAAGAAAGUUUAAGUCAAAUAUCGUACUCGCAGUCGUUCUCGUUCUCGAAUCUAUUAAAUGUUUAAUUGAUAGAAAAAACAGUCUCUUUGAUUUUUUUAUGUUUUUUUUUUAAUUAAACGUUUGUUGUACUUACAGGUCAACAAGACGUUUACAGUUGUUGUAGAAAACAUAAACGAGGCUCCAAUAAACAUUUCACUGACGUCUGAAUAUGGACAAAGGUCCUUCCCUGACAAUAUACCCAAGGUGAACGAAAAUUCUAAAAGAGGCACAACAGUAGGGACAUUUCAUGCGUUAGAUCACGACGAAGUUCAAAGCUUGAAUUUUAGUCUAAAUGACGAUGCAAGCGGCAAAUUCACAGUAGGCGCGAGGGUUUUUUGCCACAAUAACACUUACAUUCCAGGCGUUAAAACAAAGUGUACGACGCUGUUAAAGGUCAGCGGUGAUCUCAACUACGAAACGAGCUCUAGUGAAGAUAUUUUGGUUCGCGUGACUGAUGACAGCGGGUUAUUCCGUGUGCAGCCAUUUAAGGUUACGAUACUAGAUGUUAAUGACCGACCGAAGAAUAUCACAUUGACGGGCGGAGAUACAGCAUUUAUCGACGAGAACGUUAAUGAUGGCUUUGUUGGUGAGUUGGCGACUAUAGAUGAAGAUAUUAACCAGACACACAGCUACACUUUGAUUAACAAUGGCGGAUGGAAAUUUAUUCUCCGCCAAAACAAGAUCUUUUCUUCCUUCUAUGCGAACCUGGAUUACGAAACAAAGUCAGAGUAUUCUAUUGCGGUGAGAAGCAGUGACAAUGGUUCCCCGAGAUUGAGUAUCGAUAAAACAUUCACUGUUCAGGUUAGUGGUUCAGUACUUGUAAUGAUCUGACAAAGAAUUGCUUAGUAGCCAAUUCUUUGCCCGAAAAAAUUACCCUGGAAGAAAGCAAGAAGAACGCAGAUGGUAGUUCCCGUCAUCUGUCUGUAAAAGCCACCGGAAAGCAAAGAUUAGGAUGCGUUCUCGUACAAUGAACACGAUUAUAUUUUAUGCAUUAGUUCACGAGACCUUUGUAGGAUUUCCUCCUUCGGCGCUUUCGCAUUAUUCCUAGGGCGUUAAGAAAAGAUCACAAAACGGCAUAGCAACCGUAAAUCAACGCGUACUCACUUAUAGUUGUCCACAAAAGCUGUAAUUAAACUUAACUUAUGCAACAAAAUAGUGUCCUUUAUACUCCUGGUUUACAAAUGUCCACUCUCUUUUCAGGUACGUGACGUCAAUGAACGACCCACGGACAUAAUUUUGCUCUCCAGCAGUGUCCAGGAAAAUAGCCCCAGAGGAACGCUGGUCGGUAAAAUUUCGGUUUCGGACCCUGACAAUAAUGGACCUAGAGGAACCUGGCAAAACCAUACUUGCAAAGUACUUAAUAUUGCCAACAUACCAUUUACUGUCAACGAGACAUUAAACUCUCUUCUGGUUGCUAGUGAUCUGAAUUAUGAGAAAACAAAAAGCUACAAUAUUGAUCUUCGUUGUCGAGAUAACGGAAAGCCGCCUUUGUCCGUUGACGAGACAGUGCGAGUCAAUGUUACUGAUGUCAAUGAGAAGCCUUAUGACAUCACACUUUCUAACAACGAGGUCGCUGAGAAUGCUGGGAUUGUGACUGUUGGAUUGCUGGAUACCGCUGACCCGGAUAAUGAGCAGACGGUGGUGCAGACGUUCAGUUAUAAAAUUGUCAGUCCAGCCGGGAACAUUCCUUUUGUCAUUGAUAGCGGCGCGCUUAAUACCUCGAAGAGUUUGGAUUAUGAGACCAAAACUACCUGGCUGCUUGAAAUCAAAUCAACAGAUAACAAAGGCAAGCCCAUAUUUACAAAAGCACGAUUUCAUAAUAGACUCCACAUGUUUUGAUCUUGGGCAUAGGUUAUAGGAGCCAGAGGAGAUACCUUCGAGUGACCCUUUUGCCCUUAAAACGUUUUGUGGUCAGAGCGCUCCCUUAAAAAUUCACACCUCUUACUCGGCCUCUAAAACCAGUUUCUCUUUGCGCCUGCGUUCCUUCGUAAACCAGGACUCCUUAAGACAACAACUGUACCUGUUACCCAGAGUAACUUGAGCCCGUUUCUCGAAAGUUCCGGUAAAUUUACGGGCCCAAAAUCAAACAUUCAAAUCAAAGUGUAUGGAAUAAAAGCUCAGGUUCUAGUCAACAAACCAGUUUAUUUUGUUUGGUGGACUGAUGUUUUAUUGUGUCAUUUGCAAAGCUAUUGAAAUCUUUCUCUUGAAUGUAAACAGCAGCUUUCCGAGCCCGCUUAUUAUCGGUACUUUCGUGAUACGGGCCAUUGCGACUGGAUGAAGACCAAUGAAUAAUGAUCACCUUCAUGGCCCCUAAUUCAGCCCCUCCGCGUGUAUUUUAUUUAUUUUUGAUAUAUUUAUUGUAGGACUUAGCACGUCAAAGAACUUCACAGUAAUCGUAAGAGACAGAAACGAUCCGCCCACGGGCAUAUUAGUAAGCGGUCCACUGAAUGUAUCUGAAAACAGUGUGUCCGGGCAGUACCUUGUUACAGUGGUAACCGCUGAUCAAGAUGUUGGGCAGACGCACCAGUAUCAGAUAGUUGACGUGGUCGGACAUGCGCACAGCAACCACAGGUAUGACCUUGUUGUCGCUAAUAAUGUCUGUUCCUGUCGAAUUGUGCUGUACAAACACUCUGCCCUUUUGUGAUUGAUUCUCUGCUUUGCUCAAGGACAAAUGUCUUAGGCUUUAUGAGAACAACUAAAACCACCUAUCCAGGUCGAUAUCCAAGACGGAAUAUUUACGCCCGAGACUGUUAUUCGAAUAAGAAAUCGUGACCACUUUGGCUUGUUGUUUUACAUUGUUCUUACUAUCUGUCUUGUCAAUGGCGAAGUUCUUGCAGUUAAUUUUGGAAAUUAGCGAAACCCGAAACCAGUUAGUUAUCUUGUAGCAGUUAAUUUACUAAUCUGUAGGUUGCUCGCGCAAUGCAUGACUUCAAAGAGCACCUUUAAACUAUGUUCCUCACGAUAAUGUGUGUUUGCUGUUAUUUCCUUCAAAUUAAUCGGUUAACCGGUAAUCGGUUAACGAUAAAUAUCCAUCAUUUAUAUUUUUCUCUUUUUUUUCCGACUGUAGUACUUCUGGUCUUCUUAACCUUUUUGCUGUUGAAUCGCCAUCCGGAAAAGUCACUCUUCAAAAGUCUGGACUGGAUUACGAGCAGUAUGCAAAAUAUACAGUGACCUUGAACAGCACAGACAGCGGUUUUCCUCCUUACUCAGUGACAGGCUCGUUUGUGGUCAGCGUGCAUAACAUUAAUGAAAAUCCACAAAAUAUAUCUCUGAGUAACAAUCAGGUACAAUAGCUUUAUUGUGUUAGCUCAGUUAGUACGCGCACUUUGAUUGGUCGGUUUAGCGGGCCGUAUUUCACGUAUACUCAAGAGUUUGUUUUGAUUGCAAUUUUGGUUGCAAUUUCGUGACAAAAGAACAUUUUAAAACGGUUCAUUUUUUAAAAGUAGUUUCGGACUAUAGGAGACAUAACUUUUGACAACCAUUGUUAUUCAAAUUCAUUGUUAUUCAAAUAUGUCACGAUUAAAACAGAAAGAAUCUUUCGUUUCAAAAACCAAUCCGCUUCUGCUUGGCGUAUCAGCGUAAUCUCGUCAACGUAAGUGUCGCUAUAAUGGGCAUGUUAACUGUUAGAUUAAUGCGUUUGACUACUCAGACCAGACAAAUCCACGGCUUUGAAAUCCUCGUGUGGCUUUCUAGCAAGGGAAACAGGGGCUGAAUUACCAGACCCUGUGCUUUUCAAUAUCAUUAGAUCCACUUUGAUUCAAGAUAAACUUAAAACGUUUUAGCUAAUUAUGUAACAAGGUCUUCCUUAAUAUUCCAGGUUCUCGAAAAUAGUCCUGUUGGUACAGUUAUCGGUAACUUGUCAGUAUAUGACCCAGACAAUCUUAAUGUGCCACUACAAAAGUUCAACUGUGUUGUGGAAGAUGGUGAACCCUUUAAAGUAAGUUUAUUAAUUAUUCCGUGGUUAAGGAAUCUUAGUAUUAGUAUAUUAUACACACUCAGUGAUCUUGGUGUUUCAGGCAAUCUCGUUGGUUCGCUCUCUCGGUUUGUCACGUUAUGACGUCAUGACGUUCACUGCCUAACUCGGAGAACAUAUAAAACCAAGACAAAACCGCUGGCGUUAAUUCAGUGUUUUGCCAUAGUUUUAGAGUAAGAAGUUCUCAAAACAAGGGAUGGCGCAGUGGUAAGAGCACUCGCCUCCCACCAUGUGACCCGGGUUCAAAUCCCGGCCUCGACGCCAUGUGUGAGUAGAGUUAGUUGUUGGUUCUCUCCUUUGUUCUAGCGAGUAGUUUUUUUUCCGGUUCUAUAUUUUCUUUAUUUUAGAAGACAAAGAUCGGACGUUAUCAAUGCCUUUGUGUAAUAAAUAUAUUUUUUUAUUUUUUCAGGUCAUUAAUCAUCUGACUCUGGUGGUAUCAGAGAACUCUUUGGAUUACGAAACUAUCGACACAUACACAGUUAACGUGAGAAAACUAUAAAUAACUUUUUACUUAAUUUUGUCUAUGUAACACUGUCACAAAUACUUUUUGUCCAAAGGAAUUUACUUUUUCCAAGGUAUAAGGGAAAUUAAUAACUACAAAACAUGGUUAACUGUGAGCUUGACGUUAACUUUGACACAAGUAAAAUAACAUAAACUUCUAUACAUAUUCUAAUCAAUGGACUGUUUUUUUUAUGGGCUACUGAAGUACCAUUCACAGUUUGCCUCAUUGUCAAAAAGGCGUGGAGAAAUCCUUGACUCAUUGACUCAAAUCCCUGAUUACCCCUGAGUCCAAACAUAGUUCAAACCUAAGUUCUCUUUUAGUUCAUUUAUACUGUUUAAGAUGAAUCGAUGGGGUCUUCAUUUCAUAGCCCUGACACACUUAAUUUGAAUUUUCUCUCUCAGGUUACGUGUACUGAGCUCUUGUCCAAUCCCCUCUCCGUCUCUUCAGUGUUCUUUAUCAAUGUCCAGGAUGUAAACGAGGCCCCUUACAAUCUGACCAUCUCGUCCCAGUCUGUGAGCGAGAACCAAGAAACUGGUUACUUCGUGGGCAUGCUCAGUGUUCUCGAUCCUGAUUUACCGGUAGGCAACUGAUGUACACGGGUUUCUUACUGAACCGCUUUCGUCCGUAACUUUGGAUAGAAGCUCAAUGGUACCCGAAGCAUCUGGACUAGUAACUAGGUUCCACUUCCGUUGAGAGUACCCGGAUUUUUUUUCUUACAAGCCUCCUGGGCCAUAGAAUUAGUUGAUAAACAUCUUUCGCUAUUCUGAUUUAGAAACAAGAUUAUAAAAGUAAAAGCUGCCAAACGAGUUUGCAGGUUGUACCUUUUGGCUCCUUUUUUGACCUUCUUCUGUGAACGCCCUUCAUCUACUAUUGUCAGGAAAGAUUUGACUUGGAGUGGAGAUGCACGAUGUGCAAGGCUUAGGCGCGUCUGCCCACUUUGUCCGAGCUUCGCGCCCUUCUCUUGUAAGGGGUGUGAAAAUGGCGCCUAUUUCACACCCUACGUCUUUACCCGGGUUUGCUGCGGUCAACACUUAUUUCCAUCCACCAAACUGACGUUGACAGAUUAAUGAUUCGUACAAAAAGUAAGGGUUAGGGUUAGGGUUGUUGCUAUAUAUAUUCAAAUCAUGUUCUUCUUAUGCUAUAAAGUAAUACUUUUUAAGCGUAAUUUCUAUUAGAAACGAAAAGAGGUUAGUGUCAAACGAAGGUCAACACCAGCCUCACAUUCAUCCAAACGCUAGGACGCUAAAAAUCGCUUAUUCUAUCCUUUGUUCACCUCCAUUUCAAUUGUGACUUGUUUCUCGUCUUUACAUAGACCAGCGGAUUUGCCAGUUUAUAUCUGGCCUUGAAAGAUCAAUCACCAGGCCCAGAUGCGUUUCAAUUAAUAAACAGCAGUCUGUUGACUACAAGGAUGCUUGAUUUUGAGAAUCAAAGCACGUACACGCUGACAGUUGUUGCAACGGACAGCGGUAACCCACCUCUCAGUACCAGUCUCUCUUUCACGAUCCAGGUAUGGAUGAAUGAUCAUUCCUAGGCCACACAAAGCCUUUGUAAUGAGAGCCUCAAGCACUGCCGUUUCCCGAUUCGAGCAAUCGGCUACUAAGCCUUUAAACAAAAUGGAUACGAGGAUAGCUUUUGACGUAAGACUAGUGCUCAAACCAUCAGUUUUUUUAGGAUAUUUAUUCUUUUGAGAGCUCUCUUUACAGAAGGCUUAUUGCAUGUCUCCUAUUCUUGUGAUAUUAAAGGGCUUGUUAAAGUUAUGGAGGUGAACUAUAAUUUCAUUUUAGGUGAUUGAUACAAAUGACCGGCCUACUGAAGUAAGUCUUUUGUCACACGGAAUCUACGAAAACUCUACCGCUGGAGCUGUUGUUGGCAUAUUGCGGGCUCAAGAUCAAGAUGUCAAUCAAAGUCAUUUCUUCACUGUCAAACAUACAGGUAAGUUAGCGCGUUAGUAAAAUCACAAGUUUCUUGUCAUUUUAAACUGGAUUUACCAUACGGAUCAUAUCACUCAUGCACAGCAGUGAGCUCGUACUUAGGAAACUCUGAAAGUCUCUGCGGAAGGCAGAAAUUGAUUCUUGUUUCCUUUUUUUUUUUAGACUGGUUUGCUGUCAGUGGAAGCUCCAUGCUAUUGAGCAACUUUUCAUUAGAUUAUGAAACAACACCAGAAAUUAAUGUAACCAUUGAGGCUACUGAUAACGGCUCCCCUCCAUACUCAAAAGAGGUUUGUUUCAAUUUUUUAAUUGCUUUGAAUUCUUAACUGUGUUUCGCCUUUACCCAUAAUACACUGCCCACAGUGAGUCCCCCUUAUUUUCUCAUACUGGUGUUCAAAAAAAUGGACGGGGAUUGACAGGCGUCUCUGGGUUUAGUUCACGUAGCUGUAAAUAUUUAAAAAAAUAACAAAGUGAAACCUCGUGUAGGAAAGGCAGUGCUACUUUUUUUUUCUUUUUCGACAACAGCUAACCGCGUUUUUUGUUGUAACAAUCUUGCAAAUGAAUCCUUCCAAAGACUUUAGACCUAGGAACCAUAUGAGGCUCUAUGUUGUUCUGCAUAUUAUGUUAUUUAUAAAACUGAGAAAAAUCUAUUAACUUUCCAUUACAGGACGUUGUGAGUAUCAAAGUUCUCGACAGCAAUGAUAGGCCGUCAGAAAUAACCUUAAACUCGUCCCUCUCGAUACCCAACAGUGUGUCACACACAGUGGUGAUACCCGAGUACAGUCCGACUGGAACCUCGCUGACAAAUCUGAGCGUCGUCGAUGAGGAUGUAGAGCAGCAACAUCGCUGUAUGCUUCUUGAAGGAGGAAAUAACUUUUACAUCAGCUCCCUUUCUAAAUCGUCCUCAGAGAUUCGUGUCAAGCAAGGCGCUAACUUGAGCUACAGAAGUCUGAGGGGGACUCCAUUACAAGGUAUGUAUCUUUCUGGAGAAGUUCAUAUUUUUUGUGAGAAAGCUGCCGGUAGCUUUCGCUAGCGUUGAGCCAACCUCGUUCCCUGAGUCCGGUCUUUCCGUCCCCUGUAACGCAUCAGGGGACUGCAACCUAGUUAUUGUUAAACCGUUGAACCUCCAUGUGUGCUCACCUCUCGUAAGCGAUCAUCUCGCACAAGCGACCAUCUAUGCGCCAAAACACCAAAAUUUCUCAGUGAAAUCACGACGGUUGGAACCUCCUGUAAGGGACGGGGACCACUUUUUUGGAUAACAGCUUUAGAAUUUUCUAUUGUUUUUAUCCUCUUGUUUAUAGCGCAAAAAAGCGACCGCUUAAAGCAUGGUUUGAUCUUUAUAUUUGUUGUAUGUAGGAACGUGAUGUACUGUUAGAGGCAACAUGAAACUACGCAUAUAGAACUUGGAAAAUGGAUGUAAUGAAUUCUCUCCCAAAGAUGUAGAUGUGUCUGGGCCUCUUCUCGGAAGAGAUCCCGACUCCCCUGUUGGUCGAUUCUCGUGAACGAGCACUGAACCGUCGUAUUUGGGUGGUCGCUUAAGAGAGAUUUGACUGUAAUUGGCCCCUGACUCGGUGAACAAAUCAGGAAGCUAGAAAAACAGUCAACGAGGUUGAGGGUAUAGUAAUUGAUGGUUGUUAGAUUCUAAAUUAUUUUAUAAACAGAUAAAUAGUCGAGGCUACCACUCGCGUAAACGACCAGCUCUAGUUACGACCAAGUGGUUGCUUAGGAGAGCUUCGACUGUAAUUGCUGUAGUCUUGUUUCGAACUCACGACAAACUGAAUUUUGGUUUUCUAUCAAACAGUGACUGUCAACUGUGUUGACAAUGGAAAUCCUCCAUAUUCCAUUCAACGAAGUUUCAGCGUUCAAGUUUCUGAUGUCAACGAGGCGCCAUUCGACCUUCGCUUUUAUGGUGCUACGGUCAUAAAGGAAAAUGUUCAGGUCGGUUACAUCGUAGGAAAUGUCACGUGCAAGGAUCCGGAUAUUGGACAAAAGCACAUCUUUACAGUCAUUGGAAAUUACUCGUCCGUUUUCCAGGUAAAAAAUGUAUUAAUUUUUGGUUGAGUUGUAGCCUGUGUAGCAAGCCUUUCCGCUCGAGUUAUUCAGUUGCGCAAUAAAGAUUAAAAUCCCUGUGCAGCGUAGUUACUUGAUGUUAAUUUGAAAAUUGUAAAAUUGACGCAAUUCAAAAGAGUCUUAACCGACGUUUCGGCAAUGCUGCCUUCUUUAGGCCCGGGGGGUGGGGAGGACUCCCUUACAUAAGCCACAUAGGUAUGUGCCGCCGCAAAGGGUAGUGUUUUUGCACCGUUUUGGUCUUAAAACGGAUGUAGAAUGUGCCCAUUUUGGUCUGGAAUCGGGUAUGGGAACUAGGGUGAAUUCGAAAUGGAUUUUAAAAAAUCUGUUUAUUUAAACAUGUAAGGUUGCGUUUUAUGACCACCUCCCGAUAACGAGCCGCACCGUCUUAGCAACCAAAAAAAUUUUGUUUAUCAAGCUGAGAUAGGGGACUAAAAGUCCCCUAUCUCAGCUGGAUACUCAGAAGCUUGUAACAUUCACUAUUCCAUUUAUCUCGGAUCAUAUUUCGCAUCUAAUACGAUAGAGGCGUCAAUUUUCGCGCCAUCAUGUCAUCAUUCUAGGGCGAGAAAUUUAAUUAAAGCGCGGCAUUAAACAAAUGUACGGCUCAAGUUUCGGCUAAAAUUAUUCAGUGCCGUCAAAGAAAAAAACAUAUUAUUAAGGUCUGCGUAUAAAGUCGAUCACAUUGCUAACACAGACAAAAACGCUUAAAUAUCUCCUACAAAAUGAACGGCUGAGUUUGUUUUUUCUACGGGUCAAACUGCUACUAUAUAUCCCAGAAGCGCUCAGGCAUAAUAAUAUGCCAGGACUUCUACCUGGAUGAACCAGAAAGGAUAUAGAACAACUACCUAAUUGUUUUUUACGGCUACGGGUUGAAAUGUUAAACGUGUUAUAUAUCCUAGAAGCGCUCAGGCAUAAUGAUAUCAUGCCAGGACUUCUACCUGGAUGAACCAGAAAGGAUAUAGAACAACUGCCUAAAUUUUUUUUACGGCUACGGGUUGAAAUGCUAAACGUGUUAUAUAUCCUAAAAGCGCUCAGGCAUAAUGAUAUCAUGCCAGGACUUCUACCUGGAUGAACCAGAAAGGAUAUAGAACAACUGCCUAAUUUUUUUUUUUUUUACGGCUACUGGUUGAAAUGCUAAACGUGUUAUAUAUCCUAGAAGCGCUCAGGCAUAAUGAUAUCAUGCCAGGACUUCUACCUGGAUGAACCAGAAAGGAUAUAGAACAACUGCCUAAUUGUUUUUUACGGCUACGGAUCGAAAUGCUAAACGUGUUAUAUAUCCUAGAAGCGCUCAGGCAUAAUGAUAUCAUGCCAGGACUUCUACCUGGAUGAACCAGAAAGGAUAUAGAACAACUGCCUAAUUGUUUUUUACGGCUACGGGUCGAAAUGAUAAACGUGUUAUAUAUCCUAGAAGCGCUCAGGCAUAAUGAUAUCAUGCCAGGACUUCUACCUGGAUGAACCAGAAAGGAUAUAGAACAACUGCCUAAAUUUUUUUUAACGGCUACGGGUUGAAAUGCUAAACGUGUUAUAUAUCCUAGAAGCGCUCAGGCAUAAUGAUAUCAUGCCAGGACUUCUACCUGGAUGAACCAGAAAGGAUAUAGAACAACUGCCUAAUUGUUUUUUACGGCUACGGGUCGAAAUGAUAAACGUGUUAUAUAUCCUAGAAGCGCUCAGGCAUAAUGAUAUCAUGCCAGGACUUCUACCUGGAUGAACCAGAAAGGAUAUAGAACAACUGCCUAAAUUUUUUUUUACGGCUACGGGUCGAAAUGCUAAACGUGUUAUAUAUCCUAGAAGCGCUCAGGCAUAAUGAUAUCAUGCCAGGACUUCUACCUGGGUGAACCAGAAAGGAUAUAGAACAACUACCUAAUUGUUUUUUACGGCUACGGGUUGAAAUGCUAAACGUGUUAUAUAUCCUAGAAGCGCUCAGGCAUAAUAAUAUGCCAGGACUUCUACCUGGAUGAACCAGAAAGGAUAUAGAACAACUGCCUAAAUUUUUUUUAACGGCUACGGGUUGAAAUGCUAAACGUGUUAUAUAUCCUAGAAGCGCUCAGGCAUAAUGAUAUCAUGCCAGGACUUCUACCUGGAUGAACCAGAAAGGAUAUAGAACAAGUACCUAAAUUUUUUUUUACGGCUACGGGUUGAAAUGCUAAACGUGUUAUAUAUCCUAGAAGCGCUCAGGCAUAAUGAUAUCAUGCCAGGACUUCUACCUGGAUGAACCCGAAAGGAUAUAGAACAACUGCCUAAAUUUUUUUUUAAAGCUACGGGUCGAAAUGCUUAACGUGUUAUAUAUCCUAGAAGCGCUCGGGCAUAAUGAUAUCAUGCCAGGACUUCUACCUGGGUGAACCAGAAAGGAUAUAGAACAACUACCUAAUUGUUUUUUACGGCUACGGGUUGAAAUGCUAAACGUGUUAUAUCCUAGAAGCGCUCAGGCAUAAUAAUAUCCCACGACUUCUACCUGGAUGAACCAGAAAGGAUAUAGAACAACUGCCUUUUUCUUCUACCCGUCGAAGUUCUAAACGUGUUAUUCUUAGAAGCGCUCAGGCUUAAUAAUAUGACAGGUUUCCAGCGACUGAUUUUAGCUGAUUUUGCGGUGCGCAAGAAUGGAUAAUUUACCCGACUUGUAAACAGAUAUUUCCUUCAGCCGAUUGUGUCUCAUGCAGGAGAAUGUCAUGUCUGCGUUGUUUUGUUUCUACUGAAGUUUUAUCAAAGAAAGCUUAAGCGAAAAUAGGGAGAUCGCAAUUUAUACUCUUACGAACUAUAAAUUAGGGCUGACCUGGAAGACGCGUUGAAUUGUGCCGCCAUCCUUCAAAAUAUAACCUGGCUGCGUUUAGGGAGACAAUUUCCUCUUCCAUCCAGAUGUACUUGCAUGGUAUAUGUGUUUGCGCGAAUCUUCAGACAAAGAAUUGGGUAUACACUGAUUCGAAUGGCUUGGCGAUACUAAGUGCUUAAGUCUACUUACCGAUUACAACAUGUUUUGGAAGUAUUGAGAAGCGCGCCAAACGAAGUUGUCACAGCGUUCUCGAGCGAACACGGCGCGACCUGGAUUGAUAAAAAUUACCAUUACAUGCAGGUAUCAUGCCAGUGAUAUCUCCUUUCGUCGCAUAGUGAAUAGUUUGUGAGCACAUCCUCGACUCUCGAAACAUUUGUCUUGCGCCGCUAUAGAAGUUGCUUCUCCCGCGAACCAUAGGUAGAUUUCCCGCUUAACAUAAUGUUUGAUAAUUUAUGCAAAAGUUGACCUCGUGGAAGUCAGCAGUGCAUUAAUCGACUCAAAAAUAAACAGACUUCCUACAGGGUUUUGAACACGGUUUUAAUUAAAGUACUUUACGAGCGCUGCGGUAGUUGACCGCAAAAGUGUUACGGUGAUGGAUACUCAACGGGAUGAUUACGUCACUUCAUAGCAACCAGACGGUACGAAUUUUUUAACUUCCGGAGCGCUGAGGCUCGUAGAGGUAUGGAGACCAUCUGAAAACGGGUGUGGAAAAUCACAUUUUUUAGUCGGAAAUAGGGUCAGGAUUUGGAGAACCGGGCGGCACACCCUCACCAAGAAUUCCCAGGAGUACCCCCUCCGGGUCUUCAGGGUACAACACUAAACACCAUCAUAAAGUUCCAACUUUUUAACGGUAACCCAAAGAAAGCAGCGUUGCCGAAACGUCGGUAAAGACUCUUUUGAACAGCGUCGAUUUUACAAUUUUCAAAUUAACAUAAUUCAGUUGGUCGAAUCUCGUUCCCGCUUUCGCCCUUUAACUCGCACAUCAACUUUCGCGUAUUAUAGACUACGCUGGCUAGUUGUUUGGUUAUUUCAUAGAUUGAUGCCUGAAUACAUAAACAUGAAUAGUGCCGCAGGAAAACUACCCAUAUAAUUGAUAUCAAGGGGCCAUUUUCAAAAUGACUUCUAAUCGAUACGACCCGGGCCAAUAAGGCAUUUUCGUACGGAAGUCACACUACUAUACUACGGCAAUCCGCCGUACGGCAAAAAGAUGGCGGCUGUACAUUUUAGCACAAUUCCUUUCAAACCUAACCCGGCCAAUUACACAUAAAGUCAUAUUUUUUUUGGGGGGGGGGGGGGCGAAAUUCGUCCCUGUAAUAGCAACAUUGCCUAUCCUAGGUUUGAAGUUUAUAAAACUUUUCUGUCCGUUUUUAUGAGCAAUUUUAUGGUUUUCAUGCGCUAAGAACUGUGGCUAAAUGUACCAGUCGCCAUCUUUUUAGGUACGGUGGAUUCUCUCUUGACUACGGCUAUCAGAAUUCUUCAGUAGUUAUUAUUUUUUAAAAUUCCUUGAGGUAUACUAAAUUCGUAUUACAAAGACUAAACGAAACGUAUUUACGUGGUACCGUCAGUCGACAAUAUCGGGAAAAUACCGGACCUUCAACGAUGCCAACUACCAAACUGGAUUAGACUAGUAGAACUGACGAAGUACACAAACCACUACUAUCGUUUGAAAGAAUGAGCCAUUACAAUUAAAUUAGUCCAUCUUUAUAGUGCACUACUCUGCAACCUAGCGCGAAAUGCUGGCAGAACUGUAAUAGACAUAUCGCUCCUCAGGGACCAUCAUUAUUUAAGCCAGGGGGUGGGCUGGCAAGAACGAGGGGUAGGCCACGUCAAAUUCAGGACAGUCAGAGGGGGGUCAUCAAUAAAUCGGCACACAAAGAGGGGGGCUACCUGCUUUUUUAUUUUUGUUUUAUUCUCAAACAAAUACUUUCAGAGCUCUCGGGGCUAACGGUACAUGGUUUGCAUGUCUCUUAAAGGCUAACAGUUCAUAACUGGCAGUUUAAUUCUAAUAAAAAAUACUACGUCCAGUGGUCUUCCUCGUUAGUUUUGGUCCCUGAAGAGUUCCCACUACCGCAAUGAUCAACAACAAGGUCAAGAUCGCAGUCACUUAUUUCGACAGAAUUACUAGACAAUACUUCUUGUUCUUGCCUAGAGAUGUUUGUGUCGAUUUCUAAACUUGUUUGAAAGAAACAUGAGCGAUGAUCCGUUGGAUUUUACCGUUCUUUUUAUCUUACCUUUUAGUGAAAGUUUAGAAUGAAAUAAAUCCUUUUUUUACCUUUAUCUGCUGUAUUUCACCAGCUUGAAAUAGAGAGUCCCAGUUAAUCUACCCGGCUGACUGACUUGCAUUCUGCAGAGGGUCGCCACUCGCUGGAAGUGAUCUUCACGGAAAUCUAAACUUUUUUAUUUUUUAUAAGCCUGGUUCGUUUUUUAUCAACGCUUUAUGUUUAACCAAUACUCUUUACUCUGGAAUGAAAAACAAACUCUCACUUGGUUUUUCUGAUACAAAAAGAAUUGAAAAGAACUGGCCUGUUAGCCUGCGUAGCAGGCGUCAAUAGGGGUAGGGGAUAUGGAGGAAGGUGUGUCAUCGAUCUUUGCGGCUACUUCAUUGGCUACUUUUCAGGCAUUUUUCGCAUUCGCUCUUCUUCCAUUUCUGCAUAUUCCUGAAGACUCAAGAAUAAUCGUUUUCUAAAUCCAAAAAACCGUUUGUGAUAUAUUCCCUGUCUAUUUAUUAUAGUUCCACCACAGGAGGGAGAGCAGAGUAUAUCACUGAGGAUGAAAAGGAUCCGUUCGAUAUAGUGAUGCAAAUUAGUUCAAACUCAAUAAUCUUGGCUUGCGUUUUGUAUUUUUUUUUGGGGGGGGAGGGGGGCUAGUUCAGCCUUGUUCAGUUUUCCUUUGAAGGGGUCAAAAUGUUUUGUUGUGCUUUCUGAUGGAUCUUACCAACCCACACCCUGACAUAAAUAAUGAAUGGUCCCUUAUAUGGAUUGGUUUCCGAUGAAGGACUGAAACUGAACAAAAAAUAUAUCUGAAGCCUGAGAAAACAGCCGACAUUUCCGACGCCACUUUUUGUCACCCCGCGAAACGAUGUCUGAAGAACAAGCACAAAAAUUCCAUACUGAUGACGUGUAAAUACCCAGAUGUGGUAUAUAUAGUGUUCUGAUUAGUUAAAGCAAAUUUCCCUUGCGGCAUGCCAGACCAAUGGGAAACUAGUGACACGUCAUUAGUAUGGAAUAUGUGCAGUCGUUGCUCAGACGUCAGUUGGCGGGAAAACCAAUGGUGGCAUCGCGAAAUGUUGGUUGUUCUCUUAGGUUAAUAUAUUUGUGACCUUCAGUCCUUCAUCGGAAACCUGACUUUGAACCCCUUUUGAGUUACAGUCGUAUUCAAGAGGUUAAAAAUUAAGAUUUUAUCACUUAGGAAAAUAAGAACGUACAGUCUCACUUCUUUGUUGGAAUGAAUUUUUUUUUAGGUUAACAACAGUGGAAACCAGCUCUACGUUAUAAAUUCAACAUUCCUGAAUUAUGAGGCUUUACAUGUGCCUACAGUGCUGACGGUCAGCAUUCAAGCUACAGAUGUGCCAGUGGAACAAACAGGACCUCCUCUUUACGUCAUUAGUGACGUCAAUAUCAGUGUUGUUGACGUCAAUGAGCCACCAACUGAUAUUCGAUUAAUUCCUGAUAACAUUUCCAUUCCAGAAAACGUUUCGAUCGGUUACUGUAUCGCGCAGAUCGCAUCCAGUAACCCUGAACGCAGCCAAAAAAUAAAUUAUACACUUCUGCAUCAUCAGGACACGUUUGCUAUCAAAGACACGUGUGACGACAAUUCUUCUGUGGUGAAUGACGCAAAAGGGGACCUACCCUACUUGACAGUUAAAUCGCAUCUCAGUUAUAACUACUACCGUAUCUACGAGAUUCUUAUAGAAGCGGAAGAUAAUGGGAUUCCCCCGCUAUCGUUUAACGGCACCGUUGACGUCAACGUGACCAAAAUUGACCCCUGUUGGUCAUCUCCGUGUCAAGAGAAUUUCGAGUGCAAACGCGUUGAUUGGCAGAAUUACACGUGUCCGAUGAUUAAUUUCUGCAAGUCGAACCCUUGUCAAAACAACGCUACAUGUCUGAUGCGCUUAAAUGGAUACCAAUGCAGCUGUGUGCCUGGUUUCACAGGCCUGCAUUGUGAAACAAACAUUAAUGAUUGUGCGAGUGAGCCUUGUGCGAAGGGUGUUUGCUUAGAUGGAAUCAACAAAUUUACUUGCAACUGCAGCGGCUCUGGGUUUUUUGGCACUCGAUGCCAAAGAAAGCUUGGUGUUUGUUUAGAAGAGUCGUGCCAAGAUCAAGAAAUUUGCGUCCCACCAAACACACUAAAAUAUAACUCUUCUUAUUGUAAAUCCGUGGACAAAAUUGUCUCGUUGAGUUUCCAUGAAGGAGUGGAUACUGCAGACCAACAGUGGCGUCGUCAACUGGAGACUUUCACUGAGGCACUCACAUUUCCCAUGACGGAGGUAACAAACGAUAAGUACGAUUCUACAGAUGUCAAUGUAGAGGACAUUUAUAUUCUUAGUCCAAAACCAGAACACUCCUCUAAAGUUAAAAGAAGUGCACCAGUUGAGAGCAAGACAGUAGACUUUGUCAUUCUUGUCAAAUCAGACAAUAAACUUGAGGCAGUUCCAAACAAGACUGUUCUGUGCACUAUUAACAAUACUUGCAAUGCAUACGUGAUGGAAGAGUCCCCAGAUAAUUUUCGAAACGAGCUUUGCGAGUCUACCGCUCGGAAAGUUAAUUAUUUAGGUAUUUCAAGCUGCGUUGCUCGAGAAGGUGAGGAGUGGCCCAUUUCAGGCAACAAGCAUUUUAUGAGUAAACGCAUGUAUUAUGUUUUUGGAGUAACCGGCGGUCUCCUAUUGAUUGUACUUGCGGUAUCGCUACUGCUUUGUAGAAGGAAUAGGCUAAGCGCAAAGAAACGCAGACUCUUCAAAAGCCAGCGGUUUAGAGACAACACUGACGACGAAACAUACACCGAUGCCAUGUACAGGCAUCAUAUGGCCAAUCAAGAAGUGGAAAACGCUGGGACAAUAAAGCCGAUAUACGGCAUGAUGGACAACCCAAUCUACCAAGAACCUGAUCGAAAAUAUGGCACACCCCAGGUGAAGCGAUCGGAAUCAAUGACUGGGUUUGAAAAUCCAAUGUACCUUCGAUUUAGGACAGGAAAGAAAGAAGAAGAUGUGGACGAUUUCAAAGAGGAAAAGGAUGGUGCUACGUCUCCCACUAGUUUUCCCAUGUUUUCACUUUACAGACAGGUAGGACUAUUUUUCUCGUUUGCUUUGAAUGUGAUGACAAUAAAGGUUAUACAGUGACGCAUUUUUACAAACAGGUCUCUCUCAACGGACCCCUCUUACUGGCGCUUCCUAAAAGGCACUUUCCUCUUUGACUCUCAUAUAAUUAUAAUGGAAACUAUAUUUGUGUUUUGGAAUGUACAACUGUAAAUCUCGUUACGUAUAGGCAAUUUACAAAUGCUGCUUGAGAUUGGAUUAUUCAAACAAAAACAAAUUAAAAUAAAGCAAAACAAAAAAAAGAGAAAGGAAAAGAAAAGAAAAGAAAUCAAAAUUGCAUUAAGUCUGGGCUAUCCCAAUUCCUAUUUCUACAACAAAAGAUGUAAUAUAUUGCUCUAAUGGCUAGAUUUAUCAUUUUCUUGAUUAUAUAAAGUUGCUGCUUUUUGUCAAUGCCAAUGUCAUUCAUCAUGUCUAAGAACGUGGAGCAUUCAUCGGAGAAAACGGCGAGGGAGCUCAUGGAGAGAUUUACAAAUUUCACACAUCUGUAAUUUCCACUCAUUUCGUUGAUCAAGUUCAGAUAAUAAUAAUAAUGAUAUAUAGAUUUAGCCAGGGCUAAAAGCGAGGCUCCCAUUAAUAAAUUUGUCAUUUAAAUCAAACAAUAAACUUGUAUUCCACAACUCAGUUAACUUUAGAGCACAUUCAUGUGACUUUUGAGGGAAAGGCUAAGUGAUUUUAGAGAAAAAUAAUUUGCAAACAGCCCAAGAUAGCCUCACAUGUAUACCCCAAAAACAGCAAUCGAUCACAUUUAAGAGCCAUAAUGGCUCUUGAUCACCGUAGAUUAAUUAGGCCUGGAAAAAAAAUCAGGCCGAAUUUUUUGCGUUAGACAAGUUUACUUUACAAAAUCUUGCCAACAAAUCUGGGUGCGUGUAAACCAACCUUUUUACAUCACAUAUGAGGUGAAACAGUACUAUGAGGCACUGUUAUUAUCAUACAGACCUCGGACAGAAUGCAGUAUUUCACAAUUUUGUAAUACAAAGUGCGCUCAUUCAAUAUUCAGGACGAUCGAUGGAAGCACGCGUGUGCUUUUAGCUAAACCGUUAAAAAAAUUUCCAAAAUCAUAUAUGGCCAGCCGGUUCUCACUUUUGCAGAGCGAGCGGUGGUCUUAUUUGAAUGAACAUUAACAUAGUUACGCUUCAACAUAAUAAAGAAUUUAUUACGGUUAUUUUUCUGGUCAGCGGACAGCCUCCAAGUAAAUCACGUCACCUUGAUGAGUUGACACAUGAGCCUGCGAUAUGGUCAUGUGAUACUGGUCAGUGGCUAUCCUGUUUUGACAGCUGUCAAUUGACCAUAUUGUGAAUAUCCAAUGUAAAAGAUGUGGAUUUACCAAGACAGGCCAAAGACAACCCUCCCUUCCUUUUGAUAGUCUCCCCUACCCUACCCGUGCAAUCUGUAGACGAGUACGUACGUACGCUGGGUCAAUCACGUGACAACCAAACGAAAAGACCUUGACCAUAUUCUAUGAGUAUUGAGCUCUAAUUUAUUAUUUGUAAGGCGCAAAAUAGCGUUUAAAUAUAUGAUCUAAUGCGUACAGUCAAACCCCGCUCAAUACAGACACGUCUCUAUUACAGACAGUUUGCUUUGUCCCACUUAAUACGGAAUCCCCGUUAAUACUGACUCUUUCUUUCUAGUCUUAUUUUAAACUUUAUAGCGGAAGAUCAUCUGUGAGCAGGGAAUAAGUCAGCACAGAAUUUGUUGAUCGGCGAAUUUCUGUAAUCGUCCAUCGUUCUGCUAGUGAUAAGCUAGCCGUUGAAUCAUUCACUCGUCUUGCUUGUUUGGGGCCGAGUCUUAUUCCGUUCAAAGAAAGAGAAAGAGUGUCUGGCAAGGUUUCCAAUCAAAGAUUUGUGAACUCGUGUCUGGCAAAACUCACUUGGUGUUGAAUAUACACUGUUAUACGUACCUUAUAACUUCAUCUGCGCUUAACGAGUGUCUUUUGGUCCAUAACUUUCAUAACAACUGCUCCACAGAAUGUCACUGAUAACACGUAACGCAGAAUAGUAUCGAAGUUAUUGUAAGCGGUCCCUUCGGGAUUUUUUGUGUUUUACGUCAUCCUAACCAUUUCGUACUUGCGGGCGCAAACAAUACCUACCGAUUCCACGCGGCCCCUGUUCAAGCAAAUCGAGAUUUUUUCUAUAUUGACUGUAUGACUGUAUACUUCAGCUGUAAGUGAUUUCCUUAAUAUACGCGCGAGUUACUAUAGUGCCUCCUCGGGAUUUCUCCUUCUGGGCGAAAUCCCUGCGGGGGCAAUAAUGAACAGGGCAUUAGUUAAAUAUCACGUGCUUUAACAAUGAUUUCCGUGCUUGCCACCAGCAAAAGACGGAAGCUAGCACAAGUGGGGACGCUGUACCGGUCAAGCAGGAAAAGCAAGCUGCCAAAAACAAAGGAGCAUCGACGUAUGAGACGCCAAAGAAGAAAAAGAAACCUGCCCAUGAAGAACUACAAGUUGUUGAACCAUGCGGCUUCUUCAAUCCUCUUUACCAGACCAAGGCAAAAGUGGAACAAUUUACGGACAUCACCAAAAACAAAGGAGCAUCGACGUAUGAGACGCCAAAGAACAAAAAGAAACCUGCCCAUGAAGAACUACAAGUUGUUGAACCAUGCGGCUUCUUCAAUCCUCUUUACCAGACCAAGGCAAAAGUGGAACAAUUUACGGACAUCACCAAAAACAAAGGAGCACCGACGUAUGAGACGCCAAAGAAAAAAGAGAAACCUGUCAAUGAAGAACUACAAGUUGUUGAAGCAUGCGGUUUCUUCAAUCCUCUUUACCAGACCCGAGCACAAGAGAAAGAAUUUACCGACAUCACCAGUAUUUUCACUCCACGCAGACCUCAACCAGAGAAAAAGCUUGACGAGGAGCCUGGAGUAUCUGACUGUUAA